CCCCGCCCUCAGAUCAGCUGAUGUCGCCUGGGUGGCGCUGUAACAGGGAGACGGCGGAGGAAGAAUACGGAACCGGUAACCGUGACACCCGGGGCGGGCGGGCGGUUGGGAGGGGCUCGGCCAUGGCUGAGAGACAGGGAGCCUGGGACUAGUCACAUAUAGCACUGACACCCGGAUAACACACAGUGACCGCCACUGCGAGAGUCCCCGGGCUGCCAUUAGCCCAAUAUCCCCCACACUGGCCCCGCGUCCUCCAUAUUAACACACUGUCCCCACACUGGCCCCGCGUCCUCCAUAUUAACACACUGUCCCCACACUGGCCCCGCGUCCUCCAUAUUAACACACUGUCCCCACACUAGCCCAGUGUCCUCCAUAUUAACACACUAGCCCAGUGUCCUCCAUAUUAACACACUGUCCCCACACUAGCCCCGCGUCCUCCAUAUUAACACACUGUCCCCACACUAGCCCCGCGUCCUCCAUAUUAACACACUGUCCCCACACUAGCCCCGCGUCCUCCAUAUUAACACACUGUCCCAACACUAGCCCAGCGUCCUCCAUAUUAACACACUGUCCCCACACUAGCCCAGCGUCCUCCAUAUUAACACACUAGCCCAGUGUCCUCCAUAUUAACACACUGUCCCCACACUAGCCCCGCGUCCUCCAUAUUAACACACUGUCCCCACACUGGCCCCGCGUCCUCCAUAUUAACACACUGUCCCCACACUGGCCCCGCGUCCUCCAUAUUAACACACUGUCCCCACACUAGCCCAGUGUCCUCCAUAUUAACACACUGUCCCCACACUGGCCCAGCGUCCUCCAUAUUAACACACUGUCCCCACACUAACCCAGCGUCCUCCAUAUUAACACACUGUCCCCACACUGGCCCCGCGUCCUCCAUAUUAACACACUGUCCCCGCACUAGCCCCGCGUCCUCCAUAUUAACACACUGUCCCCACACUAGCCCCGCGUCCUCCAUAUUAACACACUGUCCCAACACUAGCCCAGCGUCCUCCAUAUUAACACACUGUCCCCACACUAGCCCAGCGUCCUCCAUAUUAACACACUGUCCCCACACUGGCCCAGCGUCCUCCAUAUUAACACACUGUCCCCACACUGGCCCCGCGUCCUCCAUAUUAACACACUGUCCCCACACUGGCCCCGCGUCCUCCAUAUUAACACACUGUCCCCACACUAGCCCAGUGUCCUCCAUAUUAACACACUAGCCCAGCGUCCUCCAUAUUAACACACUGUCCCCACACUAACCCAGCGUCCUCCAUAUUAACACACUGUCCCCACACUGGCCCCGCGUCCUCCAUAUUAACACACUGUCCCCGCACUAGCCCCGCGUCCUCCAUAUUAACACACUGUCCCCGCACUAACCCAGCGUCCUCCAUAUUAACACACUGCCCCCACACUGGCCCAGCGUCCUCCAUAUUAACACACUGCCCCCACACUGGCCCAGCGUCCUCCAUAUUAACACACUGUCCCCACACUGGCCCCGCGUCCUCCAUAUUAACACACUGUCCCCACACUAGCCCAGUGUCCUCCAUAUUAACACACUAGCCCAGUGUCCUCCAUAUUAACACACUGUCCCCACACUAGCCCCGCGUCCUCCAUAUUAACACACUGUCCCCACACUAGCCCCGCGUCCUCCAUAUUAACACACUGUCCCCACACUAGCCCAGCGUCCUCCAUAUUAACACACUGUCCCCACACUAGCCCAGCGUCCUCCAUAUUAACACACUGUCCCCACACUAGCCCCGCGUCCUCCAUAUUAACACACUGUCCCCACACUAGCCCCGCGUCCUCCAUAUUAACACACUGUUCCCACACUUGCCCGGGAUUACCCACUGUAGCUCAGUGUCCUCCAUAUUAACACACUACCCCCUUGUCCUCCAUAGUAACACACUAGCCCCUUGUCCUCCAUAGUAACACACUAGCCCCUUGUCCUCCAUAGUAACACACUGUCCCCACAGUAGCCCGGGAUUCCCCACAGUAGCCCAGUGUCCCUGCAUAGUGUGAGGGUUACUGCCAACAACAGACACACUUUUUCGGCAGAAGGCCCAGCUCCUGCUUACAGGCCCGGUGUAAACACAGCCAUAGAUUGAAUGUGCUGAUACUCCUCCCCAUAUGUCACGCCAUGUUGUGGUUCCCUUACCCCCAGUGUGGGCAGAAAUUUCCUCCUGUGUCUCCGGGGAGGCUGACAUGUUCCUGUCUGUAUUGUAUUGCCAGUUCCUGGUGCUGUUAUCAGUGCCCCAUCCAUGUGUCUGCAUUACCUGUAUACGAACCCAUUUAUACUGCACCCACCCUAUCUGUCUUUUACUGUGAGUGGUUGGUCAUUUUGCCAUAUCUUACUCCAGUGUGUGUGAGCUGUUGUUUUACUUUGUCUGGUGUUACCUGUUAGUCAUCUCCCUAAUCAGCCAAUAGUGUGAUAAAGAUCUCUUUCCUGUGUGUGAUGUCAGAGAGAAAUUAAAGGGUACCUGUAACAGUUGUGCUUUUUUAAAAAGCAUUUGAUUCUGUCUAUACAUUGUGCUGGCAAAAGUGGAGAGGUAGGAAACUUUCUAAAAAUAAGUCUUUCUGCCACCUGUCAAUGAAAAUGGGUACAGUGGCCCUGUCAACAUUGUCAUGGUGACAGCCACAAGAGGCAAUUCCGCUGCACUGACACUAAUUAAAACGCGUUCAUGUGAGGCUGAAGCCCAUAGGAAAGAACUUUAAAACAAUUAUUUCCUAUGCGGAAUCUUGAAAUUGGACAGGGAUGGGAGGGAAGAGGUACACCAAAGGACAGGGAAGGGAGAGGAACACUAAAUAUUCUUGAAAAUAUAAAAUAAUCUGACUGGCAUGUAUAUUUUGUGCAUUUAAUUAAUAAAUAAAAGAUUUGCAAAAAUAAAGAAAUAAUAAACCUGUUCAGUUUACAGUAGAUUUGUGGAGAAAUGGUUUCUUUUUUUCACAAUGGUAAAUGUAAAAAAUAUCGGUAAGUUAUUGGCUAUUGGCCUGAAAGUUCACAAAUUAUCUGUAUCUGCUCUAAAAAAAUAAUAAAAAAAAAUAUCUGUUGAUCCCUACCCCGUACCCAUAUCUCAUCACCCUCGGUACAUCAAUCUCGUAUAAACCUCCACUUUCUUCACCUACAGCAUCCAAUCACUCUUUUUACCCAUUUCAAACAUCACCUGCCCUAGAUCUUCAAUCUCCCUCUAUAACUCAACCCUCUACUCUGUACUAGAUAUCAUGUCACCUCCAUUCCCCAGCCUUCACUACCUCCUGGCAUGCAGAGAUCAAAAGACAGGAGGAGAACGGAACGGGCCGACAAAUUCCAGCCUGUGAUUUGCCUAGCACUGGUUUAAUAGGAGUCACUGGUGGAUAUUUAGUCUCCACUUAUCUUUUAUGUGACCAAUCAGCGUGCUCCUUCACUGCGAGCUUCUCUGAGCUGUUAACUGUACUACUAGUCUCCAUUGUGACCAGUCAGUGAUCUCUCUUAUUAUUAUUAUUUUAUUAUUUAUAUAGCGCCAGCAAAUUCCAUAGCGCUGUACAAUGGGUGGACUAACAGACACGUAAUUGUAACCAGACAAAUGGACGCACAGGAACAGAGGGGUUGAGGACCCUGCUCAAUGAUCUUAUGUGCUAGAGGGAGUGGGGUAUAGUGACACAAAGGGUAUAAGUAGGGGUAAUGAAAUAGGUUGCUCGAAAAGUAUUCACUGAGAACUUAAUAGGUUAUUUUUGAUUGUUACAGGAGAGAAGUCGUGGGGAGCGGGGGGGGUUAAAUGACAUGCUUUCCUGAAGAAGUGUGUUUUCAAAAAUUUUUUUGAAGGAGUGGAGACUGGGUGAAAGUCUAACGGAGAAGGGAAGGGACUUCCACAGAAAAGGUGCAGCCCUGGAGAAGUCUUGGAGACGAACAUCAGACGUGGGAGUACGGACAGAGGAUAGACGUAGGUCUUCGGCAGAGCGCAGGGGCCUCGAAGGGACAUAUUUGUGUAUUAGAGAGGAUAGGUAUGUUGGAGCAGCAUUAUGUAGGGACUUGUAAGCAAGCACCAGAACCUUGAGCCCUGUAUCUAACUGGCAGCCAAUGUAGGGACUGACAGAGGGGGAGGUGAGGGCGGAUUGGAAAAUGAGCAUUGUCGCCGCAUUCAUUAUAGAUUGCAGGUGCAAUCUGUGAACACGUAAGACCACUGUGAAGGGGAUUGCAGUAGUCAAGGUGAGAAAGCACAACGGCAUGGACCAGCACCUUAGCUGCGUCUCGUGUUAAAUAGGGGCGGAUGUGAGCUAUGUUUUUGAGAUGGAAGCGGCAGGGUUUUGUGAUCGACUGGACAUGAGGGGUGAAGGAGAGGUCGGAGUAAAAGAACACCUAGGCAGUGAGCCUGCGAAGUAGAGGUGUUGGUGACGCCGUUGACUUGGAGGGAGACAGACACAGGAGUAGCAACACUUGAGUGUUUUGGACAGGUUGAGUUUAAGGAAGUGGGCCGCCAUCCAGUUGGAAAUCGCAGAGAGGCAGUCAGAGACACAAGUCAAGAUGGGCGGAGAGAGAGAUCAGGAAAGGACAGGUAGAUUUGUGUAUCAUUUACCAUUUUGAAAAAAGAAACCAUUUCUCCACAAAUAUACUGUUAACUGAACAUGUUUAUUAUUUAUUUAUUUUUGCAAAUCUUUUAUUUAUUAAGUGGUAAAUGCACAAAAUAUACAUGCCAGUCAGAUUAUUUUAUAUUUUCAAGAAUAUUUAGUGUUCCCCUCCCUUCCCUGUCCCUUAGUGUACCUCUUCCCACCCAUCCCUGUCCAAUUUCAAGCUUCCCCAUAGGAAAUAAUUGUUUUAAAUUCUUUCCUAUGGGCUUCAGCCUCAUAUGAACGAGUUUUAGUUAGUGUCAGUGCGGAAUUGCCUCCUGUGGCUGUCACCAUGACAAUGUUUUACAUCGCAGGGUUAAAAGGACAGGGCCACUGUACCCAUUUUUAAUAGGUCUCUCUGCCACCUGUAUUGAUAAUGGAAGCCAAAGGAGCUGAUGAGUUUAGGAAGGGAGGCAGUAUAGAUAGAGAACAGUAGGGAAACAAAGACAGGACCUUGGGGAACGCCAACAGAGAGGGGUUGGGGAGAAGAGGCAGAGCCAGAGAAAGAAACAGUGAAAGAGAGCUGGGAGAGGUAGGAGGAGUACCAGGAGAGAGCAGUAUCCCGUAGACAGAAAUUAUGGAGAAUGAGAAGAAGCUGUUGAUGAACAACAAUGUCAAAGGCAGCAGAAAGAUCAAGGAGAAUUGGGAUAGAGUAAUGGCUGCAAGAUUUAGCAGCGAUUAAAUCGUUGGAUACUUUGGUCACAGCUGUUUCAACAGAGUGACGAGCACGGAAUCCAGACUGAAGCGGGUCAAGCAGAGAGUUGGACUUGAGGAAGUCUGUCAAUCUCGGAUACACAACUCUCUCAAGGAUCUUGGAGGCAAACGGCAGUACCGAAAUAGGGCGGUAGUUGGAUGGGGAGUUGGGGUCAAGAUUGGGCUUUUUCAGAAUCUGCGUUAUGGUUGCAUGCUUGAAGGGUGAGGGAAAUGUGCCAGAGGAAAGGGAGAGAUUGAAAAUUUUAGUGAGAGUAAGAGCAAGAGAGGGAGACAGUGCGGAUGAGAUAUGAAGGAAUAGGAUUGAGGAAACCGGUGGUGGGGCAGGAGGACCGUAGCAGAGCAGAAACCUUUUCCAUUGUAGUAUGUGAAUGAGCAUAGAACAGCAGAGGGAGUGGUGUUGGGUGAUGUAUUGGAUGGGGAGGGAGAGAGGUUAGAUUUCUUCCCUGAUUGUAGAAAUCAUCUCAGUGAAGUGAGUUGCAAAGUUUGUGGUGGACAAGGUGGUUGGAGGGGGGGGGAGCAACAGGGUGAAGGAGAGUAUUAAAAGUGUGAAAUAAUCGUUUGGGUUUGUGCGAGAGUGUGGUUAUGACAGUAUUGAAGUAAUUUACUUUUGCAGAGGAAAGAGCCAGAGUGUAGGAGCACAGCAUAAAUUUAUAGUGGAGGAAGUCAGGUGCAGAGUGAGACUUUCUCCAACAGCGUUCAGCAGUUCUAGAACAUUUUUGGCGAUAUCGGGUCAGCUUGGUGUGCCAGGGUUGUAAUUGGGAACGCUUGCUGCUUUAAAAUGUAGGAGGUGCCAUGAUGUCUAGUUGUAGAGUGAGGUUGCAGAGUUAGGGCAAGUAAAAGGAGAGUUCAAAUGUUCUCUACUAUUUGAGGUUUAGUGCUUAACCCCUUAAGGACCAAACUUCUGGAAUAAAAGGGAAUCAUGACAUGUCACACAUGUCAUGUGUCCUUAAGGGGUUAAACCCUCUUCUAGAUCUUACCGAGAGCUACCAACCUAUUAAAGGGGAAUUGUCAUUUAUCUGUAUUUUUAUUCUUAGUACCUUAUAACUAAUAUAAAUUGGUGAGUUCUGAAAAAUAAAAUAUAAUUUUAGAAUUGAGCACCUUCAUUGUGGUUCUACAUCAGUCAUUACUUUUAUCUCUCUCCUAUGUACUUUGUAGUCUUAGAGAAAGCAUACAGAGAAAAGGAACCACUUAAAUAAUGAGAACUUUGUAUUAAAGUGCUAAAAAAAAAUGGAGCCGUCACCAUGGAAACCAAUUUUAAGAAAUUUGCCCCAGAAUUAAUUUUUAAACAUCACUCCCAAAGUUAGUUUCUCCUACUCCAAAUGCAAUGUGUGCCCUGUCUGUAUCAGGAUUGAUCUAGAUCAGGGGUAGGCAACCUUUGGCACUCCAGAUAUUGUCGACUACAUCUCCUAUAAUGCUCUGUCAUAAUUCUGGCACAGCAUCUGGGGUGCCGAAGGUUGCCUACCUCUGAUCUAAAUUAUGAAGACAUAAAAUAAAAAGUUAACAAAGAUUUAUUUAGUGGUUUAAUUUACAAAGAAGAGUUAGUUCUCCUUAAAGCCUGGUUGGUCAUGCUUUAUUAUCAUUAUUUAUAAAGCGCCAACAAAUUCUGCAGCGCUGUACAGUGGGUGGACAAAAAGUCAAGUAUUUGCAACAAGAUGAGUUGGACACACAGGAAUAGAGGGUGUUGAGGGCCCUGCUCAAAUGAGCUUACAUUCUGGAGCAGGGGUUCCCAAUUCAUUUUUCCCGCUGCACCCUUUGUCAUAGUGUAUCAACAUCGUGGAAUCCCCCCAACAAAAUGUUGUGCCGUAGCAUAAACCUUUCAAUUAGCAGAGUACAAUGCUUUCUUUUUUUGGCAAAUUUUGUUUGUUUUUUUGUUAUAUAUACACUAAUUUUUACAGAUAGUAAACAGAUUGUAGUACUUAGGAGCAGGUGUGUUUCUAUGUGUAGCAUUUGUUUGUAUAUAAUUUUAGCUUUUUAAUACUGGGAUGUGCUUGUAUGUAAUGUUUGUGUGCAGAGGUGUGUUGGAUUUUAAAUUCAGAUGUACAUUUUUGUGUAGUAUUGGUGUUUGAGUGUUUGUAUAUAAUUUUAGAGUUCAGGGGUGUCUUUGUAUGUUAUAUUUGUGUUUGCAGGAGUGUGUUUUUUUGUUGGUGUUUGAUUGCUCAGAUGUCUGCACAUGCACUGUCACAUAUACACUUACACAGAUAUACAUACCCGUUAACAAACAAACACACAGAUACACACUAGUAUAUAUACACACACAAAUGUGCACACACUGACAGAUACACUUACACACACACACUGACAUGCACACAGAUACACAAACUGGCAACUACAUAUACAGAUACACACACUGGCACAAUGAUAUGCACGCACACACACUGACAGAUACACUGACACAUACAUACACACACUGACAUACAGAUACACACACAGAUGCACAUUGACAUACACACACACGUUUAUAUUUGCAGUCACCCUCCUGUUCACUUCCCUUUUUCUGCAGGAGGGUGACUUCCUUUAGCGAUACAGGCUGCUGGCUGAGGCUGGUGUGCCAGGUCAGUGUGCUUCUGCUUGCCAGGAGUUGCCAUCACUACUGAACUUUCAUGCAUGCACAAGAGUACAAAAUGGGGUCUGUGAACGAUCAUGUGAGAUCGCUGAAUCUUUCAUAAACAAUCUAACACUUGCAAAAUAAGGUGCCUUAAGUAUCUUCCGCACAAGAUAAUGGCUGAUAGGAAAUAGCAGGAUUUAGCAGUGGAAGCACUUCCCACUGACGAAGAUCGGCACAGUCCCUACUUUGUAUCAUGUAUAAGAGCACUUUGUUUAGAAUCUGUAUUUGUGAAAAGUUCAACAUUGACAUACAUUUAAAGGACCACUAUAGUGCCCUGAGGGUGGUCCCACUCCCGUGGUGCUGAAGGGGGAGGAAGGGGUUAAUCCCUUGCCUAUUUUCCAGUGCCGGGCUCCCUUGACGCUGGGACUCUCCUCCCUCUUCUUCCGUCAUCGGCUGAAUGCGCAUGCGCGGCAAACUGCUAUGUUUACAGCAGAAAGGGUUAAUCCUAGAUGGACCUGGCACCCAGACCACUUCAUUGAGCUGAAGUGGUCUGGGUGCCUAUAGUGGUUAACCACUUAAGGACCAAACUUCUGGAAUAAAAGGGAAUCAUGACAUGUCACACAUGUCAUGUGUCCUUAAGGGGUUAAAGGUAUCCUGUCACUUUUGUUUUUUUAUAUAGGUUUGUCCCAAAUCCCUAAACGAAAAAUAAAUUAAUACUGAUACCCCAGCAGAAUAAAAGUACUAAUAUAGUCUUUGUGUUACUCACAUUUCAAAGGCCAUUCGGAUAUGCCUGUUGCUGGUGGGAGUCCCCAAACAGUACGACAUAUAGAUGAUGCACUCCUGAGAGAUUCAAGCGAAUAGCAAAAAACAUACAUAAAGAGACAUUGUUUGAUUGCAAGAAAUUUAUUUUAUGGAAAAAAAUACUAUAUGAAUAAAGUCUAAUCUAAAUAUAUAUUGGACUUUAUUCUUGUUGUGAUUUUCCAUGAAAUAUAUAUAUUGCAAUCAAUUUGUCUCGUUAUGGACGGUCCCUUCUAUUUGUUUGGCCCCCUCAGGAGUACCAUAUUUACAUGUUGAUUAACCACCACCCCCCCCCUCCCAUGGCCCAUUUUUGUUUCUAAUUAUGCAUAUUUUCAAAGUUAUACUUAAGAAAAAGUAGGGACUGCACUUCCUUAAAGGGAAACUAUAGUGCCAGGGAAACAAAUGAAGAUUUAGGGAUCCUGCUCAAUCCUUGGAACUGUCCUUUCACAUAUCUUUCCGCCUGUAGCUGUAAUUCCAAUAAUCCUACAGAAAAUAAGAUCAGAUUAAGACACAGUGCGUGCCAUAAUUCCUCUUUUGACCAAAGAGUUGGUUUUCAGAGCUGCUAUGGUUGGCAAAUGGACAUUUUUCAAAUGAUUCUCAUAUCAGACACAAUGCUGUUUCUGUGUUUGCACUCGAAAUGUUCAAAUUGACAACUUGCCUGUCAAGUUGUUUAUUGUCAAGGUUUAAAGGGACACUGUAGGUUCCCAGACAACUUCAGCUCAUUGAAGUGGUUUGGGUGCAGUGUCCCUCACCUUUAACCCUGCAGUGGCAAUAAUUACCUCUCAGGGUUAACUCCACCUCUGGUCUGGUAGACAACCACGGACCUUUGGUCCAGUAUCUGACGCUGGACGUCCUGACGCUCUGGAUGAGGACCUCCAGCGUCAGUUUUGUCCUCAUAGGAAAACAUUGAUUAAUACUUUCCUAGGGGUAAAUCCUAAUGUGAGUGCGACCAUUGCUGCGCAUGCGUAUUAGGUCAUCAGCCGAGGGAUAUCUGUGCUGGGUUCAGGUAAGUGACUGAAGGUUUUCACCGCGGGAGGGGGCACAAGGGAGAGGGGCACUCUAGGAUUCUAUAAUGCCAGGAAAAUGGCUUUGUUUUCCUGGCACUAUAGAAUACCUUUAAAGGGAGAAAUUAUAGCUGUUCUUUUUAAAUCAAACAAUAAAUCCAUGUCUACAAUUUACUUGAGAAUCUGGAUAUGUCUAAUUCAUUGUGUGUUUAAUUCAUAUUAUGUUCAUACAGCGCAGCACUGCCCUCGCAAAACAGUCAUACUUUUCCUCUCUCAUUAGUUCAUGCUCCCGCAAUCCCAGGCGUCUGCUGUGGCCACCCCCCAAACUAACCUUACAGCCGAUAGCUUUGCAUACUACUUUACCGACAAGAUUGAACAGCUAAGGAAAGCAUUCUCCCCACCCUGCCUUUCUCUUUCUCAACCACAAGUAGAUCAUGCCUUUCCUACCCUUCAGACUUUCCCCCUGGCUACUGAACAAGAGGUGGCUGUGCUUCUCCUUUCCUCUCGCCCCACCACUUCCCAGCUUGAUCCUGUCUCAUCUCACCUUAUCAGAUCUCUCUCCCCUUGUCUUGUGCCUUUCUUAACACACAUCUUCAACUGCUCUCUCUCUUCUGGCAUUGUCCCUGCUGACCUUAAACAUGCCACUGUAGUACCUAUCCUGAAAAAAACAUCUCUCUACCCGUCCUCCCACUCUAUCGUCCCAUAUCCCUGCUCCCUAUUUCCUCAAAGCUUCUUGAAAACGUGUCUUUACCUGUAUGUCUCACUUCCUCAGUUCCAACUCUCUCCCUGACCCUCUUCAAUCUGGAUUCUGCCCCCUCCACUCUACUGAGACUGCUCUUAUUAAAGUUACUAACGAUCUAAUUGCAGCUAAAUCCAAAGGCCACUACUCCAUACUAAUUCUGAUUGACCUAUCUGCUGCCUUUGACACUGUUGAUCAUGCUUUCCUUCUUCAAACUCUUCAAUCACUCAGUCUCUGUGACUCUGUUCUCUCGUGGUGUUCCUCUUAUCUCUCCCAGUGAUCAUUCAGUGUUUUGUUUUCUAAUGAUACCUCCUCCCUUUGUCCUGUCUCAGUUGGAGUCCCCCCAAGGCUCUGUCCUUGGUCCCCUUCUAUUUACUCUUUAUACUGCCUCUUUUGGCAAACUUAUUACCUAAUUUGGAUUCCACUACCACCUGUAUGCUGAUGACACUGAUAUAUCUCUCCUCCUCAGACCUCUCCCCUGCUGUCCUGUAACGUGUCACUGCUUGCCUUUCUUCCAACUCUGACUGGAUGUCCUCCUGCUUUCUGAAACGAAAUCUCUACAAAAAUGAGCUGCUUGUUUUUCCUCCUCCUAAUACUGAUCCUCCUUUUUCACCCUCCCUUUAAGUUAGUGGUAUCCACAUCAAUCCAUCCUUGCAAGCGCCCUGUCUUGGUGUCAUACUUGAUUCUGGCGCUAUAUAAAUGGCAAUAAUAAUAUUUGUGCAUGAUAGAGGGGAUUAGUCUAAUUUCUUUGUGGGAUCUCUUACCUAGUCCUAAAUUCUUGCGUGUGACUAUUUGAACCACUGGAGGAGUGUUUCUUUCUGAUACUGUCAUAUGAAGCAUUUUUGGUAGCUGUAUUGUCAGCCAAAAGAAUUAGAGAGCUACAGACUCAGUAUCUGUGUUUGAACCCUUCCUUUUGUCCAACGUGUUAAAAGACGUAAUGCAGAAUCAAAAAGUAAUUAUACCUACUUUUUGAAAAAACCCACUAGUAUGUCACAAUACCCAAUAUAAGUGGGAGAUUAACGUGCUAACUACAGUUUAAACGGUUUCAAGAGACUCCUGAAUUUAUGCUUUCCUGUGGUCAUUUCCAAAGGGGCACCUAUAGUAAAAUGGGUGCGGUACUCAGGCCAAUGGGAAUCUGGUCUGGAUUCCAAAUUUACACAGAAAUAAAGAGAAUAGGGGGCACACCCAGAACAAGAAGUUCAGUUACAUUGACUGGAUGUAAAUUCUAGAUGUGUAUUUAGCAUACAUCAAACAGUUGAAGAUCAAAUCCUCUUUCUCCAUUUCAGAGGCAAGAAAACAAGCCUCAAAAGUGACUUUGUCAAGGUGAAUAAUAAAGGCAAUUCAGUUAUGCUGUAAAGUGGUGGGCAAAAAUCCCUCCUGUCUAGAUCUCAUUCUACUCAAACAAGUUUCAAAUCUUUAAGAGCUUGUGCACCAUUGGAUACUGCAGAGUGGCCAUGUGAUCAUCAUUUGAUACGUUCACCAUUUGAUACUACAGAAUAGACAUUUUGGCAACUGCUUGUUUCAUCCCAUUUGUGUCCUGCUGCUAUACAACAGAAAAAACGUGACAUUUUACUUAUCACGUAUUUUUUUUUCCUUGUUGUCACCAGUUCAAUCUCCCUCCCACCCCCCCACCCUCCCCCCCAUUUAACAUUGGUGUUUUGGCAUAGAGAAGUUGGUAUUUUGUAUUGCCUUGGAACUAUUGAACCUUCCUGGGGAAAAAUGGAUUUUUAUGGUAUUUUACUUAUCCAAUAAGAAGGCAAAAAUAUAUUUGUAUUUUGCUCCUGCUAGUUGGCGAAAAAAAGAUUUCAUAGUUAAAAAAAACAACAAAUAACAGUAAUUUAAAAUAAAAUCGUCUUGUUUACGCUGCAUUAGUUAAUUCCCCUAUAAUAUACAUUUAAACAUUACAUUUUGAUUUAUGAGGCAAAUUUCUUCUAUAUCUCACCUUCAGCUUUAUCACUAAUGCUCUCCAACUACCCCUCGGCAAAUCAACCUUCUAUACCUACCAUCUACUGUAUAGCCAAAAUUAUCAGCUUAUACAGGGUUUGUCAUUAUAUAGUAUCCACCUAGAAACCUCUGGUGUGAUUAAAAACCCACACACUCAUAGUUUGCUUAUCUUAUUUGUCCUAUCACUGCUUAUCUUUGCCUUAUCAUUUCUCCCACAUGAGACAUUUACUGCUUUUCCAUAUCCACUUUGACUUAUUGAAAUGGUUAUGGUGUCUGUGUCCUUGUCACCUGAGUGCUCUGAGGCUCUCACUGGUAUGAUUUGGGAUCCUGAGCAGCUCUUUUAACAAUAAAACGUGGACAGUGCCAGGCGAUUACAGACACCAUAACAUUUUCAAUGUGGGGUUGUGGUGCCUGGAGUAUCCCUUUAACGUUACACUUUUCUCUUUACAUUAUUUAUUUUGUAUUUUCUCAUGAAUUAUGUAGCUCUGUUGCUCUGUUUUACAUUCAUUCUUCUUGCUAUACUUUUUAUUUGCCAUCGAUAGUUCUUUCUCCAUCCUGUUAUACACCAGUUAUUUUUAUGCUUCUUCCAACUGUCUCUUCUGUCCAUCUCCUACUCUUGUCUUCUUUGUCUGUGAAACUACCUUCUUUGUCUUCCAAUUUGUCUUUUUUUCUUUGCUAUUCAUUAUUUUUUUCCCCUCUUGCUUUUCGAUAAUUUUUGCACCUUUUGCAUGCAUACUUUUCCUUCAAAAUUCAUUGUCAUUCUAAUUUGUCAAUAAUUAUCUCCUGCUCUCAUUCACUGCUUCCUUCCUCUGAUUAACACAGUCCUCCUGCUCCGCCUGUGUAUUCUAUCAAUGAUGUUCAUACUUAACUCUAAAUGAUGAGAUGUCUUUCCCCACCCAACAAACAGAUAACUGUUAUUAGUGGUUGUCCGCCCUUUGUAUUCUUGUAACUGGAAAUGAAAAUUCCUCCAGCCAUGUCCCUUCCCCCUCCCAUUUUCCUAUUAAGUAAACUGUGUCCAUCCUGUAACUUCUCCACAUUUGCAAGGCAGGAGUCCUCCCCCAGCUAAUCUAAAACCGCCCUCAUGCAGUCUGUACCAUUCUCAAAUUCCAUGGCACCUCAUUACCCAAUCAGGCUUCCACAUUUGCAGACAGCUGCUUACAACCCCCACUGUAUGUCUCAAAAUGUGAAAUCCCUGAGAACAAUAUGAGGAGAGGAAAAAAUCAAAAACAAGUAUAUUUCAAUGUCUGUCUUUGCAAAUUCCCUACUAGUUUUCUUAUGCAGCUUGAAGUGGGAGUCUUUCCGAUGCAUGUUCCUUUAGCAGUACAGGCAAAAGCAUUUGGUUUUCUCUGCAUGUUGGAAUGUUAUCGUUUGCAAGGUUCAAACAUUCUGCAGCACUGUACAAAGGGAUACAAAUUAUAAAUGUAUGCUACAUAUCAUUGCAUGUUUCAGAUGAAUUGUUUUUAUCCAUUUUAUUCCAAUGAUGUUUGUUUAUUUAUUAAAAAGGUGUUAUAUUGCAUGUGCAUAAUUGUAUCUUUAUAUUGCUUUGUUGUAGGAGUGCUCCGUUAAUAACAUGCUAUGCUUUGUUUAAUGACGCCACCUUCCAGCCUUGAUUGCAAUGCUCUAUGCUCUGCAGCAAAUAAAAAGCGCUCACUUCUAUGUAAGGAUGAAUCUGCUUCGCUGCAGUCAAAUCUAUGUACAUUUUUACACUUGUCUUUCAACAUCAUGAGGAGCUUAAGGGGUUAAUGGUUGAAUCCUUUUCCCACCACCUCUUGAGGAAACUGGUAGAAUAAUGGCUUUCACUUCAUUCUUAGCAGCUACUGUUCUGUCUGGUUAGUGGGGAGGGGAGCACUUGAGUCUCCCUGAUGUAUAAGUUUAGGCCUCCCUGCCCCCCAACUCAUUGUUGUUCUCUACUGCUUGUUAUAGAAGCGAAUUAAGAUGGAAGGCUUGGGGGAGAGAAAGCCUUGGGGAAAGCUGUCUCGACUCCCAGCAGCUGGCUCAGAGUCUUCAUCUGAGCUCCUUCUCUGCAAGAAGGAAUGGACAAUUGGGAGGAAAAAAGGUAAGUCAUCACCUUGCGGUUCCUAGACAUUGGUAGAAAUAAAGUAUUAUAAUACAUGAGAGCCCUUUUUCCUCCUCCUUUAACCUCUACUUUAGUAUUUGGUUUUGGUCAACCCUGGGGUUUAUUCCUAACACUAAUCUUUGCACAGAUUGAGGGCUUGACCUUGUUCUGAAAUCACUUUCUGUGGAAUUUUAAUACUAAAGUGUUAUUACAAGUUGGAGUUAUUCACUAAACAGUGAAUUGAAAACCAAAUUACACAAUUGAGGCUAAAUAGUCAAACAGAGUCUGAGAAUUUUCCCAUAUCAACUCUUUUGUCAUGCAAUUUGCAUUUCGGUUUAAAAUUCAUCACCCUUUAUUUUGUUUUUUUUUUUGUUUUGUUUUUUUGCUGUGGGAAAUUCAUAUAAAAUAUACGUAAGUGUUUUACUUUUUCUUCCCUACUGAAGAGAUGACACGCAUAAACAAAUAUUCUGCUGUGAAGAGUAUUUUAAUCAAAUUGGCAUAUUAUAUGAAACUGAUAUUUCAAAUUUAGUAGGAAGCAUUAUAGUACAUUUAGUUUCAUAAACUCCCAAGUAUGUGUUUUGUUUAAUUUACAAAUAAUAAUUGGGUUCUCCAUAAGAAUUUCCCCUCAACUGUUUGCCUUUGUCAUUGAUGCCUGUGUGAUUUGUGAUGUUUGCAGUUGUGCUGUGCAUGUUCAUUAUACAAAAGGAAAAGUGAAACUGCUGUAACGGAGUACUGUAAAAUACUAAUAUUUGAUUAAGAAUCGUUGUGUAAUAAGUUGACAGCCUCCUUAUAAAAAUACUUUAAUACAACCAUUCAGAUUUCAGAAUGAUUAAUUAAAAAAAAAAAAAUCCAUAACAUUGUAUUCAUUAUAACAAGACUGGGCAUUCUAUAAUGACAUCAAUUAUAUUGUUUUAAACAAAUAUCACCUUCUUCAUUGUUUUAUCAUCUUAAUAUAGGAUAGAAAAGGGGGUGGGGGGGCUUGACAGCUGAAUGAUUUAGUCGAAAAUGAAGGAGCUCCUUGGGUAAAGCGGUGUGGGUUAUAGUGCUCCCCACAAUAGUAAACUCUUGUGGCCUGUUCUGAGAGACUUCUGCAACCAUUAACAGAUCGAAUAGGCCUACUCUUCAAGAUGGCUGCCACAUCGGGGCCUGCUACGCCUUGUGCCGACACACAGCUGCUCUCCUCUGUGGAUCCGGGACUCCAAGCUUUUGAUCGACUAUGCAUACGAUUCUGGGCUAAACUACUUAAUCUGAAGAUCAAAAUUUCAUCUAGGGUCAGAUUAGCCCAGAUGUGUCUUUAGGUCUAGGCAUGGCAAAAUGGUCUAUUCGCAAAGCAUUAUUGUUGAUGGGUCUCAAGCAGACACCACCGCGAAGGUUCAGUUUGGAAUCCCUUCUGCCACUCACCUGACCGGAUGUUUCCCACUUGGCACCGCUGAGGGCUGAUGUCCGGAAAAUUUUUAAUACCAGGCAUGGAUACUAAGCGCAGCUGGCUUCAGGGGAGCAUUAUGCAGGAGGGAGAUUCAUAGGAUUGGCUGGACUUCAGGUUCCUGAUGGCAGUGUCCAGGCAUCGGCUGUGUAGGCCAAGGGCCCUUCCUACAGCAGUGUUUGUUUUAUUAAUCGGUUUCUUUAAUGUAUCUGCUGUGGGUACCUUUGUUAUCUAAUGGCAUUUAGUUUUCUUUCUAAAUCUGGCAACCCAGCUAUCGUUAAUUAUUUCCAUCAUGCCCAUAGCUAGUGGAGCUGGUGCCACUAAAAGUGUAAUAUUUUUCAGUACAUCUUCUACGCUCCCUUAUAUCAGGCAGGUUAAUCUUAUCAGUACUAGUUUAUUUUCUCGUAGCCUGAGCCUUGUUGUUUUAUUCGACAGUUUAAAAUAUAGUGAGGCAAUGUCAAUCUGUAUGCACUGUCUUAUGUGUUCCAUGUGAUACAUUGAUCUACUGUAUACAUAUUUUUCAAUGGCAUGUACCAUCUUUCAUGCCUUCAAAAAAAAAAAAUUAAACUACGUAAAUUAAAAAAAAAAAAAAACAGUUGUAUGAAAUAUUUGCACACACACACAAAAAAAAAAAAUGGCAGGCAAAAAUAAAUAUUAAAGGAACACUAUAGUCACCUAAAUUAUUUUAGCAAAAUAAAGCAGUUUUAGUGUAUAGAUCAUUCUCCUGCAAUUUCACUGCUCAAGUCAAUGUCAUUUAGGAGUUAAAGGACCACUCUAGGCACCCAGACCACUUCAGCUUAAUGAAGUGGUCUGGGUGCCUGGUCCAGCUAGGGUUAACCCAUUUUUUCAUAAACAUAGCAGUUUCAGAGAAACUGCUAUGUUUAUGAAUGGGUUAAGCCUUCCCCCUAAUCCUCUAGUGGCUGUCUCAUUGACAGCUACUAGAGGCGCUUGCGUGCUUCUCACUGUGAUUUUCACAGUGAGAGCACGCCAGCGUCCAUAGGAAAGCAUUAUGAAUGCUUUCCUAUGUGACCGGCUGAAUGUGCGCGCAGCCAGCCCAGGAGGAGGAACGGAGGAGGAGAGCUCCCCGCCCAGCGCUGGAAAAAGGUAAGUUUAACCCCUUUUCCUCUUUCCAGAGCCGGGCGGGAGGUGAUCCCUGAAGGUGGGGGCACCCUCAGGGCACUAUAGUGCCAGGAAAACGAGUAUGUUUUCCUGGCACUAUAGUGGUCCUUUAAAUCACUUUGUUUCUGUUUAUGCAGCUCUAGCCACACCUCCCCUGGCUAUGAUUGACAGAGCCUGCAUGAAAAAAAAAAACUGGUUUCACUUUCAAACAGAUGUAAUUUACCUUAAAUAAUUGUAUCUCAAUCUCUAAAUUGAACUUUAAUCACAUACAGGAGGCUCUUGCAGGGUCUAGCAAACUAUUAACAUAGCAGGGGAUAAGAAAAUCUUAAUUAAACUGAACUUGCAAUAAGGAAAGCCUAAAUAGGGCUUUCUUUACAGGAAGUGUUUAUGGAAGGCUGUGGAAGUCACAUGCAGGGAGGUGUGACUAGGGUUCAUAAACAAAGGGAUUUUACUCCUAAAUGGCAGAGGAUUGAGUAGUGAGGCUGCAGGGGCAUGUUCUAUACACCAAAACUGCUCCAUUAAGCUAAAGUUGUUCAGGUGACUAUAGUGUUCCUUUAAUAAAAAUGUAAAGAAUUGUAACUACAGGGUUUUUUUGUGAGUGAAAUUAGGUGCUUGAAUUGAAAAUAAAAUUAAAAUCAUCAUCUUGUUGGCAGUUAGGCCUGCAAACCUUUUUUUUUCACCCAUUGACAAAAGGGCUAAUUAAGAUUUGUCUUAGUAGUUGCUGUAUUAUAUUUUGAUGUACAAUGAAAAAACUUUAUAUAACUGUUAAAGCACUACAGUUCCCUGUAAAAUAAAUAAUAAAAAAAUGGGAGAUUCCAUAGAGGGUCUGUAAAAUAGCACUUGGUUCACUUGCCAAAAAUCUUGUAUUAAAUGCAGAGUAAAGCAUAAAAAAAGACAUAUGCUAGAUGAAAAUGUCCUCUUUGCUUCCUCUUGGUGACAUAGUAGUUUAAUGGCAACCUUCAUACGCUGUGAAGUGGCACCAUAUUACUGCUGGCCACAGAGAAACCUGUACAACAUAGCCGGGCCUUUACUGCCCCUCAAAUACGUCUUAAACAACAACACAUAUUCGUGGAACUUCCCUCCAAAACAGUGCAUCAGGGCUUUAGUUAUAGCAUGAUAUGUUAUGUUUGCUUUUUACUUUAACCCAGUGGUUCCCAAACCUUUUAGGUUCAAGGCGCCCUUAAUAUUUCAAUAUUUUUCUAAGGCACCCCAAGUCAAAAAAUGUUCUAGGUUGUAUAUAUGUACAGCGCUGUGGCAUAUACUGGGCCCCUAAUAUUGGGACUGGUAGAAUAUUUAAAGAAACAAUCCAGGCACACUAACAACUACAUUACGUUGUAGUGGUUAUGGAGCCAGUAGUGCCCUCCCAGGGUAAGUAGUCAAACUGUUUAAGAACAGUUUGACAACUUACCUGGGGUCUGCCAGGAUAGGGGUGGGUGGUGCGUGCGUGUGUGAGGGAUGCAGUGUGUGUACAGGGGUGCAUUGAGUUUUUGAAGGAUGUAGUUUGUGUGUGUGAUUGUGGGGGGGGGGGCAGUUUGUGCAUGAGGGGUGCAGUAUGUGUGUGUAUGGGGGAGCUAUUGUGUAGUGUGGGGUCUGUGGGGGUAUAAGGUCAAAUUAAUAAAUAUAUACUUUAAUUUUUUUAAAUUAAAACUAAAAAUGAUGUCCCCCCUCUCUGCUUUCCUUUGCCUGGGAGGGGGGACAUUUCCUGCAAUCCCUGGUGGUUACAGUGAACUCUAGCAGCCUCGGGAGUUGCUAGAGUUCGUUUUCGCGAGAUUCGGGGGCGUUGCCGUGGUAACCGCGGCAACACUCCGAGCUCACAGGAGGAGAACCCGGCAGGGCUUCGGGUUAGAACUCCCCUGGGUCCCCUCUCCCUUCCUCCCUGUCGGCUGUCAGCAAAGUGCUAGCGGGCCUGAGAGGGAGCUUAAAAUUACCAACUUUUUUUCUUAAUUGCUAAGAAGUUAAUAAAACUUAAUAUGACUUAGCUGUCAGAUCUGAGCUGAAUCUGGUAUCUUGAUGACUGUAUUUCUUUGCUCUCUUUAGCCUGCGACCUAUCCUUCCCUGGUAACAAGCUGGUUUCAGGGGAACAUUGCAAAAUUACUGUGGAUGAAGAAUCUGGACUUGUUUCUUUAGAAGACACCAGGUAACUACUAGAAACCUUUAAGCCCUUCUACCUGUGAUGGGUUAUAUAACCCUUAAAAUAGUAUGUUUAUGUAUACCAGUGUUUAACGAACCAUGGAACACUCUUCAGGCACUCUUGACAGUCUGGCUUGUGUAACAUAAUAUGACUUUGCACAUGUUGGAUUAUAAACAUUGGAUUAUAACUGAUGUGAAUAAGGGCUCAAUAUUAAACGAAAGCUAGCAGCAAUUCACCAACAAGGGGUUCCCUCACACUUGUGAAAUAUAUAGUACAAGCAAAAUCUAGGAGGUGAUCAGCGCGUAAAAUAGAUAUACAUACGGUACAGAUGUAGUUUCUAGUAUAUGUAUACUAGAAACUACAUCUGUACCAUAUGUAUUUCUAUUUUACGCGCUGUUCACCUCCUAGAUUUUGCUUGAAUUAUAACUGGUACUAAGAGGAAUUUCGUUGAACCUGUCCAGUUAGAGAUAUCGGUCAGGGAACAUUCUGUGACAAUCCAUAUUAUUUAAAUAUCUUUGCAUGUUAAUGCCUUUAGUUAUUUGAACAUUGCCCAAUAUGCAUAUUUCAUAUGCUAUAAGAGGGAUUUCAGAGAAACUGCUUUUAAUAUAUAUAUAUAUAUAUCUAUAUAUAUAUAUAUCUAUAUCUCAUAUGCACAAGAGGUAAAUCAGUUAAACAAAGCAUAUAUGUGUAUAUACAGUGAGGAAAAAAGUAUUUGAUACCCUGCUGACUCAGCUCGUUACCUGUAUAAAAGACACCUGUCCACAGAAGCAAUCAAUCAAUUAGAUUCCAAACUCUCUACCAUGACCAAGACUAAAGAGCUGUCUAAGGAUGUCAGGGACAAGAUUGUAGACCUACAGAAGGCUGGAAUGGGCUACAAGACCAUUGCCAAGCAGCUUGGUGAGAAGGUGACAACAAUUUGUGCGAUUAUUCACAAAUGGAAAAAACACAAAAUAACUGUCAGUCUCCCUCGGUCUGGUGCUCCAUGCAAGAUAUCUCAGUUUCAAUGAUCAUUAGAACGGUGAGGAAUCAGCCCAGAACUACACGGGAGGAUCUUGUUAGUGAUCUCAAGGCAUCUGGGACCACAGUCACCAAGAAAACAAUUGGUAAUACACUCUGCCGUGAAGGACUGAAAGCCUGCAGCGCCCGCAAGGUCGCCCUGCUCAAAAAACACAUGUACAGGCCUGCCUGAAGUUUGCCAAUGAACAUCUGAAUGGUUCAGAGGAGAACUGGUUGAAAGUGAGAUCAGAUGAGACCAAAAUCAGCUCAACUUGCUGUGUUUGUAGGAGGAGGAAUGCUGCCUAGGACUCCAAGAACACCAUCCCGACCGUCAAACAUGGAGGUGGAAACAUUAUGCUGUGGGGGUGGUUUUCUGCUAAGGGGACAGGACAACUGCACCAAAUUAUAGGGACAAUGGACAAGGCCAUGUACUGUCAAAUCUUGGGUGUGAACCUCCUUCCCUCAGGUCCUGGAUGGGUAUUCCAGUAUGACAAUGACCCAAAACACACAGCCAAGGCAACAAAGUAGUGGCUCAAGAAUAAGCACAUUAAGGUCCUGGAGUGGCCUAGCCAGUCUCCAGACCUUAAUCCCAUAGAAAAUCUGUGGAGGGAGCUGAAGGUUCAAGUUGCCAAACGUCAGCCUUGAAACCUUAAUGACAUGGAGAGGAUCUGCUGAGAAGAGUGAGUCACAAUCCCUCCUGAGAUGUAUGCAAACCUGGUUGCCAACUACAAGAAACGUCUGACCUCUCUGAUUGCCAACAAGGGUUUUGCCACAAAGUACUAAGUUGAAGGGGUCAAAUACUUAUUUCACUGAUUGACAUGCAAAUCCAUUUAUAACUUUUUUGACAUGCAUUUUUCUGGAUUUUUUUGUUUUUGUUUUGUUAUUCUUGCUCUCACUGUUAAAAAAACACCUGCCAUGGGGGGCGGGGCCAGACCGCCAAGCUGGACGGUCACAGGGAAGAUCAGCUCCUGCAAACCACCAACAAAUAAGCCUAUAACCCAAGCAUUUAGGGCAAUAUAACCACCAACAACCGCGACCCACCAUGUGCAGGGGGCACCGGAUCCGAGGCGAGGCUUGCUCCCAGAGUUUUAGUCCCUCGGAGGAGAGGUCCUUGCUGCUCCAAGCAGGACCUUACCCGGCGUUGAGUGGAGUGGAUGGCCGCUGCUCCACUAUCCUGUCUAGAGGGACCCAGCAGGCACACAGAACCUUGGCGGACCUGGCCCUGUUCCCCCCCCCCACCCCCCUCUGGACCGGUGGGGGUAAUCCCGGUCCACAACCUGCAGCCACACUUACCCAAUAAGGCCCGGAGACUACACGGCCUAAGGCCUGCAUCCAAGAUGGCGGAGGCCAUAUGUGUGGGAACCGAAAACUGAGCUCCCCCCGUGCACAUCUUGCACGGGGCAGCCCGCCGGUAUAAGCUGGCUCGAACCAUAAAGCCACAACAACAAGACACUCACCUCCUGAGCCCCCGCGGUCUUGGCUUCCCACAAGCUCGAAGUGCAGGGGGUUGACCCGUGCAGAUCAGGCUGAGCUCAUGCGAAGACCACAACAGCUCCCAAGCCAGCUGAAAAAUCCACCACGAAGGAGCUCUGCCUUGCCCCUGCGGGGCACCGUCUGGAAGGUGACUGGGACUGCAGCUCUGAUAUGGUGCCUGUACAACACGUUAUUUACGUGACCCAAAAAUCACGGGGGCUCAACGCUGCUGGCAUCCGCAGCUCACCUGAACCUCAACCCGACCGCCUGCAGGACUCAACCCCUCGACCGGCGCAGGUUCUCCCACGGUCCGGGGGCCAGACAGGUACUGUAGGCAUGGAAGGCAGCCUCUUGCCUGGGUCCCCCUGGCCUCAAGACAGAUCUACACACCAGGCGACACAACUCUGAGUUGGACACUUGUCCUUUAUGAACUAUCGGUGGGCACUGUAAGAUUAUCAACCCUCUGAGCAGGCUGAACGGGUAUUGUGAACUGCACACAGGCACUAGGUUUGAGUACCCAUCGGAUUUAGCAGGCUCACUGCCUCCCGAACUACCCCACCUAUCUCGGGUUAAAAUCAACUUCAGAGGGCUUCAUACAGUCAGUCUUUCUAAUCUGACACCACUAUCAAGCUUGUGUUGUCAUCUUGAACAUACGCUGACUCUAUGAAAAAUAGUGCUGUUAGCUAUUGCCAUACAAAUGCUUAAUAUUUGUUGUAUUACUAGCCAGUACUUUCUCUUGUGGCAACACAGACCUGUUUUAUAACUCGCAGAUACAUUGUUGAAUUAUAUCUAUAGUUAAAAAUGUGAUACGCAGGGCAUAACACUUAGUAUCUUAACAUAAUUUACAAGCGCAUUAUAAUCGUCUAACUUGCUGUUAAUCACCACUUCAUGUAUAAGUGCCUCUCUUUAACUCUUGGGCACAAUCAUUAGACGUGGUAGCAUUGCUUGUUUUCCACCUGAAUGGCUAAACAACUAGACUUGGCUAUAACCCCCACCCCUUUACUUGUUUAAAAUCCUGAAACCCCAGUUUAGCAAGUAAACCUUACUAUGUAAUCAUACCCUCAGUUAGCAAGACACACUUUACCUAGACUAGCAUAUAGGUCAGAGAGGGAACAGUUACUCUGACUAAACGUGCCACUCUAAUGUUAUUAUGGUUUUAGCCUUGCGUUUAGUAACAUGAGGCUAGGCCCUCACGCAUGAUAGCUAACUGGUCUCUGUGUAAUUACUAUGGUUGUACCUGACAAUCAAGUAUCAAUUCACAUUCCUUAAAAACGUGCAAGAAAACCGUAUACCAUGACAAUGUUAUCUCAUGUAUGUUAUAAUGUGGGUUUGCCCCGCUGUCAUGGCCCAACAAGCUCAUUUUUUUCACAUUUUGCACAAUAAAAUAAAGAAAAAUAAAAAAAAUACACCUACCAUUAAACUUAUAGACUGGAUCAUUUCUUUGUCAGUGGGCAAACAUUCAAAAUCAGCAGGGGAUCAAAUACUUUUUUCCCCUCACUGUGUGUGUGUGUGUGUGUGUGUGUAUAUAUAUAUAUAUAUAUAUAUAUAUAUAUAUAUAUAUAUAUAUAUAAUUUUUUAUUUUUUUUAAAUACACGUAGAAUCUUCUUUUAAUGCUCCGGUGCUGUCUUUUAAUGCUCCGGUGCUGUCUCCAACCAAAUUGUAUACAAUACCAGUAGAGAGCACUCAGGAGUCUUUCAAGGUAAAUUUCAUCUGUUGCUUUAUUGAGCAAUUACAAAUUCACACAACGUUCCAGUCGACGUUUCAGUCUGUAAAAGACUUUUACAGACUGAAACGUCGACUGGAACGUUGUGUGAAUUUGUAAUUGCUCAAUAAAGCAACAGAUGAAAUUUACCUUGAAAGACUCCUGAGUGCUCUCUACUGGUAUUGUGUGUGUGUGUGUGUGUGUGUGUGUGUGUGUGUGUUUUUUUUUAUAUAUAUAUAUAUAUAUAUAUAUAUAUAUAUAUCUCUCUCUAUCUAUCUAUCUAUCUAUCUUAAGGAUCACUGCAAUUGAAAAAAUAAAUCUAAAUGUAUUUUAUUGUAUUUUGUAAAGUGGUUCUUUGUGGUGUUUUUAUUUAUUUAUUUUUAGCAUUGAAAUGGCUAAAAGUUCAUUAAACUCCGCUUUUUUUUCUGGCAAAGCGAGAGUUUCCUCACUACAGCUCCAAUCUGCCUCCAGUAAAGUCAGUAUUACCGAUGGUAUAGAGAAGCGUUAGGGCACACACCACGUACACGGCCAUCACUGCCAUCUAGCCAGCUGUGGUUCUCAGAGAUGCUAUGAAACCAAAGCUUUUCUAUGAGAAGCUCUCACCUCCACACUGAACUACCGUUCAAGUGAGGCAGGACAUCCUCCUGGCUGUUGCUUGAUAGCCGAGGGAAUUACUAAGGGAAUUUAUAAAAUUGCUGGGUUCUCUUCAAAUUGACACCUUUAGGGUGUGUGCAGUUAAUCAUUGAAACACUUUAGAAAGCUGAAGUGCUUUAUGAGACUAGAGAGUCCAUUUAAAAGCAACAUGUUUGGUCUAAAGCUAUUUUGGUAGUCUGACAGCCAUAACCUAGACAGUCUUAUUAGCUUGGGUUGUUGAGCCUAUGUUUUUAUUAUACAGUGCUGACACUCUGCAUUGCUCAAGUCAUACUUCUGUUCUAUUAAGACACAUUUUUUCAUUUAGAAAAUUCUUUUACUUUGCAGCACAAAUGGCACAGUGAUUAACAGACUGAAAGUGGUAAAGAAACAAUCCUAUCCAUUGAAGAAUGGUGAUGUGAUCUAUCUUGUUUAUAGGAAAAAUGAGCCAGAACAAAGUGAGUCAGUCUCUUUUUUAAAACAAACACAAAAAAACCCACAUCAUUAAAACUUGAUUUGGAACUAUUUAUUCUUUCCAUUCAAGGAAAACAAUACUGUAUUCCUAACACUAUAGUGUUCCCCUCACUAAUUGGGGCACCCCUGGCACCACAAUCACUACACCAAGCUGUGCUUGGAGUGCUCCUUUAACUGUCCAUAGUUAUAUAUAUUUUUAGUUUAUUUAGAAUAAACUGCCCCUUUAAAACUCUAUGGCAUUGCUAUAAUCUUGUUGUUGGUGUUUGAAGUAGUAAAUAAUAACAAAUUUGUUUUUUCAGAUGUAGCAUAUCUGUAUAAAUCAUUGAAUCAAGCACAAGACAGUAUGCAAUCGAAAGAAGGUAAGUCAAAAGUUCUUUGCUUUAACUUACCAGUGUUCGUGCAAGUGGUAAAAUAUCUCUAUUGAAGCACAUCAUAAUGACAUUGUAAAAUGUGUUAUUUAGUAUACACUCUGCUCUCAGCAAUCUGUAAGAACGGCUGUGUUUGGGCUGUAGUUUCCCUUAUUACUAUCACCUUAUAUUCUACAGCAAGCUUUAUGAGUUUAGACAUUGCGUAUAGUGACAGAAAGUGCCUUUUUAAUUUUAUAUUCUUUUUCAUGUCAAAACUAUAGUAAUCAAAUUAAAAUGGGUUGGAGGGGCUCAAGUUAGAAAUCAGCACACAUAAACAUGUAGAUUUUAUAUAGAUCUAAAAACGUAAACUGCUUUAUUCUGCACCUUUCUGAAACACUCUCUUUCUCUCUUGGUAGAUGUUAUUGGGGUUUCUUUUUUGAAUGUUCAGGUCAUUCUCUGUUUUCCUUUAAGUGCUGAUUUAUUUUCUUUCAAGAUAGAUAAUUACCAUAUGGAAAGCAAAAAAAUCAAACUUAUGGGAUAUCUAAGCCAAGUGAUCUUAGCUUGGUCUACAUAUGCCCAUCUCCAUUUAAUGAUAAUAAUAAUAAUAUAAUUUUAAAGAGAGAGACUAGAUGGCUGAAGUAAUUCAGUUAUAUGCCACCACUUUGCUCUAAAGUGGUUAUAUUACCUUUUUUUUUUUUUAAAACAAUCUUUCUUUAAAAAAAUUUAAAAAAAAUGUCAAUGUAGUAGUAAGUAAGUGUAGAGUUUUCACUUCAUAGAGCCAAUUAAUACAGUAACAUGCAUAAUAACUCUUCCUCCCCAAUGUUUAAUAAUUCUAGUGCUGAGAGAAAAUUUGGCUGCAAAUACAUUUUAUUUUUAUUUUUUUGAAACUUUUUUUUUUAAAAGUACAUCCUCCAGGCUAUGUGAUCAAGUCCAUUUGGACACUUUUCAUUUAGUUUUUUUUAUCACUAACCUAAUUACUUGUGGAUUUUUUUCCCCACAUACUUUAUUUUGGGAUAAUUCACAGGCUAUGUUAAAUCUUAAAUCUAUAUCCCCACCACCUUACAUAUUUGUAUUCUACUACUAUUCUAGAUUAGAAUGAAUCCCCACAUGCAUUCCUUAAUCAAACACUUAUAUCUACCCAUAAUCUUAUCUAUAAUCCAACCCAUAAUCCUAGAACAUCACCUAAUCCCACUUUAGUGAGGGUUCGCUGUGCUGAUGUCAGUAAUCACACCAGCAGAGGGAUUUCCUAGCUCACACAGUACUUAAAGUAUUAAUUUAAAGGGCUACGGGCUGCGCUGCACAUAACUCUUCUGUCAGUCUGGGGCCUCAAGUAUUAAAAGAUUCCGGGGAAUCUUUGGUAUAGGCAGGGAUUUAACUCCCUGCUGGUACUUUACUUUGCUUCAUGUCUUUUUAUGGUGUCAACGGGAGUUAAAGUAUGACAAUAUAUACCGUCAUAUGGUUAAAGGAGCACUAUAGUCACCUAAAUUACUUUAGCUAAAUAAAGCAGUUUUAGUGUAUAGAUCAUUCCCCUGCAGUCUCACUGCUCAAUUCACUGCCAUUUAGGAGUUAAAUCACUUUGUUUCUGUUUAUGCAGCCCUAGCCACACCUCCCCUGGCUAUGAUUGACAGAGCCUGCAUGAAAAAUAAAACUGGUUUCACUUUCAAACAGAUGUAAUUUACCUUAAAUAAUUGUAUCUCAAUCUCUAAAUUGAACUUUAAUCACAUACAGGAGGCUCUUGCAGGGUCUAGCAAGCUAUUAACAUAGCAGGGGAUAAGAAAAUCUUAAUUAAACAGAACUUGCAAUAAAGAAAGCCUAAAUAGGGCUCUCUUUACAGGAAGUGUUUAUGGAAGGCUGUGCAAGUCACAUGCAGGGAGGUGUGACUAGGGUUCAUAAACAAAGGGAUUUAACUCCUAAAUGGCAGAGGAUUGAGCAGUGAGGCUGCAGGGGCAUGUUCUAUACACCAAAACUGCUUCAUUAAGCUAAAGUUGUUCAGGUGACUAUAGUGUCCCUUUAAGUGGUUAAAGAUUCUAAAAAUUAUAAUUUUUUUUUUUUAAAUAAAAGGUGGCUUAAAACUGAACUACUUCAGCAAUUUUUUAAAUUUUGUUUAAAAAAAAUGUUUUGUGCAUCAUCCUGUUCUUUCAUUUGUGUGCUUUGGUUUUACUGACAUCAUUUUCUUUAGAUACCUCAGAGGAAUUGGAUGAAACUCAUACUUUAUCAUCUCUUCAAGAUACUCUGUCUUAUGAUGAACCUCAGCCUUCCACUUCCACAUCCAACCUCUUUAGUACAGCCACUACCUCUGCCAGUGAGCCAGCUUCCACUAUGCAGGUUCAGCCAUCUUCAGCAGGUGGGUGCAGAUACUCUGUGCAGAAGCUUGGCAAUGGAUGGAUUAAAUAGCUGGGUUAUCACUUCUAGCCUCUUGGUUUGUCUAUAACAUUUUAUGUGUUGUGCACUUUAGAUAGGUUUUGUGUUGUGCAUAUUCACUUUGAUAUUUGCUUUCCAUUUCCUGGCUAUAUAUAUCUGAGCAAAUAAAUAUAUAUAUUUCUUCCAGCAGUUGAUGAUGCAUCUUUUUCUUUUGUUUAAUGUGACAACUAGCAAAGAUCAUGGUGGGGUAGGGCCGGAUGCACUUUCUUGUAGCUCCAGUUCUCCAAACUGGAAAAUGUGGCUAAAUGGCCUAAAAACGAUGCAGAACUCACAUUGGCUCCACUGCAGACCGACACCCUACUUGACCUGUUCUAUGCCCGGAGUGUAACGGUUUGCCUAGCACUCACAUUGGUUGCGACCUGCAGCCUAGCCUGUCUGGCAAUUGGGAAAAUCUUGACAUACCAUUUAUGUGUGGAACUACUCAUGCUAUGCCUACUCAUGUGGAAAUAUAAUUGUAGAAAAUAAUCCAGGCACUCCAAAUUGUUCCAACGAUAGGCAAUUUUUAUUGGACCCAAGAACCACACAACGUUUCGACCCCUUAGGGCCCCUUAGCUUGACAAAGGCCCUAAGGGGUCGAAACGUUGUGUGGUUCUUCGGUCCAAUAAAAAUUGCCUAUCGUUGGAACAAUUUGGAGUGCCUGGAUUAUUUUCUACAAUUAUACUUCAUACAUGGACUGAUCCAGCAGCACCCUGAGAGUCUAAAGCGAAGGGUUGAGUGCAGUUCCACCAUCUAUAUAUCAAUACUCGUGUGGAAAUGUCACCUAAAGCAUGUUUGUUUUUUCAUUGCACUGCAAAAAAUAAAGAAUGUAAAAAAAAAAAAAUAGCAAAGAUCAUAAAUAUGACUAAUACUGAUUUUACAAAUGAUUGUUUCUUGAACUUGUUUCUUGAUGAUUUUAAAUUGGUGCAUCCAUUCUCUAACAGCUCCAGGGAUUCAAUGUGCAGAGACUGUGGUUGAACAUAAACAUGGCCAGCAGUCUGAAGUUAGAGUUGGUGGACACACUUCAACAAAAUAUGCUUGUCAAAUGACUGUAAUCCCUCUUCCUCAAACUGCAAAGCAAAGAGCAGAACAAGAAAAUCUUCCACCUCCAAGAAAGAAGCUCAAGACAGGUUAGUGCUUUGAAUCUGGUGAAUUAUUAUCUUUAACCCUUAGCAUAUGGACAUAUUUAUUGGGAUUCUUCACUUAUCUAAGAAUUGACAAGGGCAUCGCGCAUUUAAAGCCAAAAUAUCAGCCCUGGAAAAAUGGCGGAGAUGGAAAUUUCUCCAGAGAGGACGGACCACAGGUUAAAUUUUUUUCUUUCAUCCUUGUAGCCAAUACUUUUGGGCCUUAUGUAGAACAUGUUCGGUUUAAAAUGGCUUUGGCACUAGCCUAUACUAUAACUGUAUAAUAUGUGUCAUUCUGUUUUAUUUAUUACAAAAACUACAAUGAUAUACAUUAUAAUCAUUCUGUAAUUUGUUUAAUGGAAUUAAGAUUUAUACUGUAAAAUGAAAGUUGCGUAGUCAUAUAUAAAGUAACAUAAUAUAUCACCAGAUACUUUGGCUAUUUUAGAAAAUAAUGUUCUUGUAGACUUUCUAUGAACACAUUAACUGGAUUCUUUACUUCUAUUUGUAAUUGUGUCUGGUCCUCUUCUGUUGGGAUAGGGGAUCUCAGAUCUGUUCAUUUGAUUUCCUCCAGAGGAGGAUUUGUCAGUCAGUCAGGCUCCUGCAUCUUCCAGCUGUUCAAAAGGUUCUCCUGAUGAUCCAAAGGCUGCAACAGUGAAACCGGACAAGAUGGAGGAGACAUUGACCUGUAUUAUCUGUCAGGAGUUGCUGCAUGACUGUGUCAGGUAAAGAAAUCUUUCUAGUUGUGCAAAAUAUGAUGUGGCAGUAAUCUGACAUAAAACUUUCUAUGUAACAUUAAGAACAUCUGUAGGUUGCAGUGAGUGAGGCCAUGGGCAUUCCCACUAAAACCAUUCAUAUAAGUUUUAAAAUUGCAUGUUAAACCUAGCCAUCUUUGCUAUACAACUUUUAUUCUUGCUUGUAAGUCAAUAUUUUACUUAAAGGACCACUAUAGUGCCAGGAAAACAAACUCGUUUUCUUGGCACUAUAGGAUCUUUAGGUCCCCCCUCCCGCCGGGCUCUAGGGAGAGGAAGGGGUUAAAUCACUUACUUUUCUCCAGCGCCAGGCUCUCUCCUCCUCCUUCUGACAUCAUCGGCUGAAUGCGCAUGCGCGGCAAUUGCCGGACGCGCAUUCAGUCAGUCGAUAGGAAAGCAUUCUCAAUGCUUUCCUAUGGACGCUGGCGUCUUUUCACUGUGAAAAUCACAGUGAGAAGCGCGGAAGCCCUCUAGCGGCUGUCAGGGAGACAGCUACUAGAGGCUGGAUUAACCCAUAUGUAAACAUAGCAGUUUCUCUGUAAUCCCUCUUCCUCAAACUGGAACUGCUAUGUUUACAGCAGGCAAGGUUAAUCCUAGAUGGACCUGGCACCCAGACCACUUCAUUAAGCUGAAGUGGUCUGGGUGCCUAUAGUGGUCCUUUAAAGGGAUACUCCAGGCAACAUAACAACUUCAUUGAUAUUAUGUUAUGGUGAAUGAGUUUCAGGCACCAUUUACCUUUUAUGGACAAGGUAUUCCCUAAAAUAACUUUAUCUUAAAGAAUCAGUUUAGAUUAGGGAUGCACCAAAAUUUCGGCUGCCAACAUUUUCAGCCUAAAAUGGGCUUAUUCCAUUUCGGCCAAAAAUCGUUCAAAUCUGCCGAAAAACACCAGGGAUGCACAAUUCCUAUUGACAGCCCCCCAACCCGGCACUGCCUCACUGACAGCCCCAGCACUAACAUCACUGAUAGCCCUCAUGACACAGAUCCCAGGCGUGGAAGCUCCUGUGCUGUUUCCAGGUGAGCAGCGAGCGGGCUGUGCCCGGUGUCCCCAGUCUGGGCUGCCCGCGGAGACCGGCCCUUGCGGGGAAUGAAGGACAGGGAGGACCUCCGGACGGUACCUGUCACUGGGAAUCCCACGGGGAAGGGAAACCAUUAGAUGUCACUCCCAGGAUUCACCAUCUGAGUCCGGCGGCGGAGGGGGGUCUCUGGUACCGGCGGGGUGCAGGAUGCGGGGACCCGCCAACCGGGUGGCUCCUUCUACCAGCAAUGUGUGCAAUGGGGGGAGAACCACAGGAAACCACAAAGCAGCUAUGAAUCCAAGAAGAAGAAGGAAAAAAAAGAAAAACGCCCCCUUUUCGUGAAUGGAAUCUUCCAUGUUAUGCAGAGGCCCACACUUCCUCAACUGGGGCGUUCUAGACCAGGAGGGAGGAAGCAGGGGCUAGCUUUAGGAUUGCAAAAUACACAAUUUUUCUUGGACAUAUAUCAUCUCUACAUAGAGGGUGAGCCCCACAGGAAAAGUGCUGCCCUGUAGUAUUCCUAAAACAGAGAUCUGUUUGUAAUGGCUGUGAAAUAAAAUUAAAUGUUAAAAUCCACAUUGUUGUAUUCAGCAACUUUCUGGAACUGAGCACCUCCUUCAUUGUCAGUAAUGGAGAUAGAUAGAAGCUAUGGUAUUUCUAACACCCUCACUCUGUCACCAGUUACCCCCUCCCUCAGUCAUUCUCACCAAUCACCCCCUCCCUUAGUCCUUCUCACCUGUCACCCCCUCCAUCAGUCACUUUGUCACCCCUCCCUCAGUCACUGUCACUCUGUCACCCCCUCCCUCAGUCACUCUGUCACCCCCUCCCUCAGUCACUGUCACUCUGUCACCCCCUCCCUCAGUCACUCUGUCACCCCCUCCCUCAGUCCCUCAGUCACUCUGUCACCCCCUCCCUCAGUCACUCUCACCAGUCACCCGCUCCAUCAGUCACUUUGUCACCACCUCCCUCAGUCAUUGUCACCAGUCACCCCCCGCCCCCCCAAGUAACUCUAUUACCUCCUCCAACAGUCACUUUCACCAGUCACCUACUCCCUCCCUCCCUAUGACACCGGUCACUCUGUCACCAGUCACCACCUCCCACACUGUGUAAUAAAAAGUCUAAUAUUAAUAAAAUUAUAGAAAAAAAAACAAUUUUCAAAUAAUUUGGGGAAAAAAGUAAUUUUCGGUUUCUGCCCAGAAUUUUCAUUUCUGUGCAUCCCUAGUUUAGAUGUAAUGAUCACGCCACUGAAGUCUCACUGCUCCGUUAUCUGCCAUAUAGGCUAAUGUCCAUGCAGCCCUAGCCACACCUCCGCUUACUGUGACUCAUACGGCCUGCGUUAAUUAAAUGGUUUCAUUUGCAAUCAGAUGUUAACUUAAUUUAAAUGUAUCUCCUGCUCUGUAAGUUGAAUUUCAAUGACACACAGGAGGCUCUAGCAAGCUAGUAACAGAGCAGGAGGUUAGAAAUUCUAAAAUAAACAGAAUUUGCAGUAAAGGAACUGUAAACAUUAGAUCUCACUUUACUGGAAGUGUUGAGGAAGUUACUUGAAGGGAGGUGUGACUAGUGCUGCAUAAACAUAGUGAUUUAAGUCCUAAAUGGCAGUGAAUUGAGCAGUGAGACACUACAGGGGCAUGAUCUAUAAACCAAAACUGCUUCAUUAAGCCAACGUUGUUUUGAUGACUAUAGUGUCACCUUAAGUAUUAAAUGGUUUACCACUUACAGUUUGUCACCCGAUGCUGGUCUGCAGACCUCUUUUUCUGCUCAGGGAAAAUAUGGAAGCAUUAAAGGAACAAUAUAGGGUUAGGAAUACAAACGUGUAUUCCUGACCCUAUAGUGUUAAAAUAGCAUGCGAUGUGGCUAUACCCCAUUUACCCCCUUUUAAAUAAGCAUAAAACUUACCGUUAUUCCAGCGCCACAUGGGUCUGUUGUCACUGGCCCUGCCUCCUUGGCUGACAUCAUCAAUUAUGAUGCCAGCUAAUGAGCCAGGGUUGGGGCGAGCCAAACACCAACCUGGCAAAUCAAAAUAUUGUCAUAGAGAUGCAUUGAAUCAAUGCAUCUCUAUGAGGAAUGUUCAGCAUCUCCAUACAAAGUGUGGAGCACUGAUCCAGGAAGCACCUGUGGUAGCCAUCUGAAUGACUGCCACUGGAGGUGUACAUAGGCAGCAAUGAAAACACAGCUUUUUCUCUGAAAAUGCAGUGUUUACAUGCAAAUGCCUGCAGAGACAGGCUAUACUCACCAGAACAACUACAUUAAGCUGUAAUUGGUCUGGUCACUAUAGUGUCCCUAUAUGUGCAGCAAGAGGGAGGAAAACUUAGCCUACUAUGGUCUCUACCAAUAGUGAGUAAAGAAUAGAAAUGUAUGAUAUAUUUACUGUUUAUUUGCUAUUGGUGACCAAUGACUGAAAGUGUUAGCUGACAUCAUUAAGAUGUACUUGGCAUGGUGCUCAGAGAAUUCCUUUAAAGGAACACUCCAAUCACCAUAAACACUACACCACGCUCAGCUGUUCUUUCACAGCCUAUGAGACUGGAACCUGGCGGAGCAAAGGUAAGCUCUCAAACUACUAGCAAACACUACAGAGUGCUGUAGUAGCUAUGGUUUUUGGAGUGUUCCUUUUAAGUCUCAUUUUUAUUUUUUCUUGUGCAGGUUUAGAUUGCAGAGUUAUUCACUAAACACCAGAUGAUAAAGCAAUAUACAAAAUAUAGGCUAAAAUAGCAUAACUAUUAGAUGAAGAAUUUUCCUGAAUCUGCACUUUGUACAUUUGUUUUAAAGUUUGCUAUUGUAUUUACUACACUUUUUACUUUAGUGAAUAAACGCAUACAUUAUAUUAGUUUAGUAUUUAAAAUAUUGUAACCUUUUCUUCCUCAGCUUGCAGCCCUGUAUGCACACAUUCUGUGCUGCGUGCUACUCCGGCUGGAUGGAACGUUCCUCCCUGUGUCCAACAUGCCGCUGCCCAGUUGAGCGCAUCUGCAAAAAUCACAUACUGAACAAUCUGGUGGAAGCUUAUCUGCUCCAGCACCCAGGCAAGUAGCUUCCAGUAGUAAGGAAAGUUCAAUUUUGAAAAGGUUGACAAUUAGUACCUCCUUUCAACAAGUGCCAUAACCUAUUUGCACGUUCAUAUUCUCCGUGAAUGGUAUAAAUCCUUUGUUUUCUUAUAACCAUCUUCUUACUAGGUAUCAAGCACCAUUUUAUUGCGUUAUAUUCAGCUUUAAUUCUUAAGUACAGUGUGGCUGCCGAUGUAGGUUUAUUUCUGUAAGUUUGGGGUUAAUGCUGCUAGCGUAGGGCUUAUUCAUACAUAUAGUAUGGUGUAAAAUAGCAGUUGUGGAUUUUAUAAAUAUGUGUGUCAUUGCUAAAAUGUACACACACACAUAAUAGCAUAAUAAAUCAUUUUUUUCAGCAAAGGAUUAUGGGAUAUAUAGUUCAGCUAUACCGCAGCUGCUAGGAGUUUGACAGCCCUGUUCAUAGCUUUGACAGCUACAGUCAUGGCUGGAGCUCUUGGUAAGAGCUGGAGUGGAGAGUUAGCUACUUGCAAAGAAAUCAAUUUAUCCAGUAAGGGAGGUGCUAAUAAUUUCUCCUUUGAUGUCAGAGGGAGAACAGCUUUACAUAUAGCUGCAAUAAUAGUUGCAGGUCACUGCAGUUACAAGUAUCUAUGCAAUAAACACACAUUGUUAUGGUGCUUAUUUUCCUUUUAAAACUAUGACGCUGAUCAUCAAGGACUCCUUCUACAAUGCUCCCUUUCUUGUACUAACUUCUUUAUUGUAAAUUCAAAAAUUUGUAAAUGGAGUUCAUUUUGAUACACAAAAAAAAAUCAGUUUCUGAUUUUUGUAAUAGCUUUUCUUAAUGUUUUAUCUUUCAAAGCACAAUAAAGAUAAAAACCAUUUACUGCACAUUAAAACAUAACCUUUGUUUUGCUUAUCGAAAACCAACAGCAGUAUUGAACAUAUAUGUAAAUUUAAAAUACUGAGUUGCACAGCAUGUAAAUGCAUAGCCUAAGAAGGUGGGAAAAGGCGAUAAAAAGAAAAUACAGUCUGGAUAUAUCAUUGGAUAUAUGCAUAUUCUGGCUCUGACGUGCAAAACUAUGCUCUUAUAUGGAUUUAGAAGUCAGAGAUAUUACAGAAGAAAAAAAAAGAGGAAGGGGAAUUAACAAAAUUAAAUUAACAAAAUUAAAUUAAACUGAGACCUCACUGGGUCACACUGCCAUAAAACGUGGAGAUAAUGAAAAAGAACUCCCUGUCCUGUGGAUAUACAAAAGUUCUUUCUAUUGCUAGUUCACUGAUGCCACACGUAAGCCAUUACAAACAAAAAUUGUCACUGUCUGUACCCGUAUGUGUAAGUAAACACAGUCUAUUUAUUAUUAUAGCUUUAGAAAUGAUGCCCAGAAACUUGGCUAUGAAUGUGCCCCUACUUCAUAUUGUGUAGGGAUACUACUUACAAUGAUCUUGAUAAAGAAGAACAAGUGUGUCGCGUUGAGGAUUAUUACUGACAGGCUGCGAACCUUGAUAGAGUUUAAAGAAUGUUAACCUGCAAGUGGUCAUGUCUAACUGCCGAUUUGGUACUGGGGCUAAAAUGAGCCGAGUCAGAGGUAGAACUCUACACACGUUAUCAUAAUAUUACAGUGGGAUGAGCGUCUGAGGCUAAGUCAUAUUGAUAAUAUAAACCAAACAAGAAAAGUAAACAAAGGCAUAUAGACCUCCAUCAGAGCACAUCAUAGAAGAGGAAGGGGGUGAUGCAUGAUAAUACGUAUUGUGUUAGCCAAAAUUAAAGACCAGCUUAUGCAGUGAAAGCUAACAAAAUAAAAAUAAAGGAUAAUGUUGGUAUUAUGGUAAAGUGCAUCAGUGAUAAGUGGACUGCUAGCCCUGUUUAACUUAAACAAUAUCCCACAAUAAUGGGUAGUACAUUUAAUUCACCCAAUACCCAUCCCUGCAAUUAGGCUCCCAUUCCGAGACAAAGUCCCAGCUGUCCAGAACUGGCCACUCCGCUGGCCCCAGACCUCAGGUAGAACCUAAAUGGUUUUGCCACGACUCCUGGUAAUUCUGGCACCAUGAACAAUAUCCCGGAAGGUGUUGGAUUCAGCUUGGUUUGAAUGAUGGUUCCUCCGAGGGUAUGGGAUAUGCACCAGGGAUAUUCCCCUCAGUGACCUCAGCCAGGGGAUACGGCAGCAAGCAAUGGACAACCCUGGACCCCGACAGAUGCCGGAUGUUCCUCUGCUCUUUCUCGAAUGAGAUAGUAUUCAGCCAGGUUGGGCCAGUUGUGAAACAUUGAGCAUCACGAGGUGAGUAUUGUGGCAUUAUAUCACGCCAACUCUUGUCCAUAAACUGCCAUUGUCUAAAACUUAUUUUGAUCCAGAAGUCCUCAAAUAUUUUGUCUAGCCACACCUGAAGUGUAUUGUGUGGUAUCCAGCCUCGUGCUAUGGGAGCUUUCGUGGCGUCCGCCAUCUUAGCUUAUACGCAGAGCUAAGUCAUGAUGCCACCAAUGACUGUGAGAGUUAGCCUGUGAGUUGGUGCCGGGAUGACUCCACCAGUAGGGGGGAAACAGUAACGUUUGCAGUGGCCACCCGCGAGUACGCCAUUGAAGCACCUAUGAUUAUAGCUGAGCACUGUAUUUCAAGAGGCUAUAGAGGAAGACUCAAAGAGGAAUAUGCAUUCUCAGGGGCACAGAUUGCUGGUUUUCUCAAGAGGAGAAUCGGUGAAAUAGACCAUUUUUAACUUCUCUCAUAGAGCAGAUGCUAUGUGCAGCCAUCCAGUUAGGCAGUCAGCUCCCCCUUCCAUCCCAUAUCUGAUUUUUGUAAUGCACUUUUAAAAGCUAGAGUUCUCUAGCUAAUGUCGGUGAACUCGCAGACACUGACAUGUAUUUCUUUUUUUUUUUUUUUUUAAAUAUGGUUUCCUAUGCCUGGUUUUAUUCAGAAUAAUGUUUGCCUAAUGGAGACUGGGGGGUUUGUAGGUUGUGAGCCAGGAGAUUAAGGGUUCUAUAUGUAGCACUAAAAUAUAUAAAUAUUGUAUUGGAUUUUUUUUUGUGAUGGUUUAAUUCCCAUGCUUAACAUCUAAGGACCAAACUUCUGGAAUAAAAGGGAAUCAUUACAUGUUACACAUGUCAUGUGUCCUUAAGGGGUUAAAUGAUUCUAGAGAAGAAAGGGAAACAAAUUAUAUCACCUGGCCAGAUAAUGGUAUUGGUUUAAGUUUUAUUUUACACUCCAAAAUAAUGACGGUCAUUCCUUUUUCUGUAACUUGGCAGGGAUAAAGAUAAUCCUUCCUUAUCACACUUUGUCAAUGGCUUGUUUAACGCAAUCAUUUUCACUGCUUUGAUAUUCAUCCAAUUAAGACUGUUUAUUUUUUUUCCGCAAUGCACAGAUAAGUGCCGUAGUGAGGAAGACAGACGCAGCAUGGAUGCUCGGAAUAAGAUCACACAGGACAUGUUGCAGCCCAAAGUACGUCGGUCUUUCUCAGAUGAAGAGGGUAGUUCAGAAGACCUAUUGGAACUUUCAGAUGUGGACAGUGAAUCUUCAGAUAUAAGGUUUGACACUGCUACUGUAUGUGAUGUGGCUCAGUUAUUUCCACUAUCCAGUAUUUGGCUGUAUAGAUAGAAUUAAAUUUUUCAGCCGUUGUAGACAUUAUUAAGACACAAUUGAACAAGAAUAAUAAUUAUUAGCCUGCAGCUUUGUAAGCCUCACACAGUUUCAAACACCAGGCUCUGGCAAAGUUGCAUAGUUAUCAAAAGUUGACAAAAUGCGUUGGGUUCAGUCUUUAAAACACAUCUUUUUAUGCUGUUGAUCCAAAAAAAUAUAUAUAUAUAUUUUUAACUAAUCUCCAAUUCUGCCACAAAAAGGGGGAAAUAAUUUUUACAAUGUAAUGGCAAUCAGAUUUCUCCUUGGAACAACAACCUGUUUUAAUUUCAUUCUUAAAUAUUCUGUAUGUGUGUGUGUGUGUGUGUGUGUGUAUAUACUUCAUAUGUACACUUCAUAUGUAUGUGUAUAUAUAUAUAUAUAUAUAUAUAUAUAUAUAUAUAUAUAUAUAUAUAUAUAUAUUUAUUGGCACUCACCCUUGCUGAUACACUGAGGAUCCCAUGCCCUGGUGCUAUUCCACGCUGAGGUAUACAGUAUAUCAAUAGAAAGGGUGCUCUCGAGAUCUUGAGGAAAUAUUUCAAAGAUCUUGAGGAAGAACCGAACGGGUCGAAACGUCGAUCAAUGUGUUACAAUAUGUAACAAAAUAAAUAACUUUGAAAUAUUUAAAAAGACCGGAGAGUGCACCCUUUCUAUUGAUAUACUAUAUAAUAUACACACACUCUCUCUCUCCUUUCAUAGAACAUUGCACAUAUUUACUGUUCUUACUGUAACAACCUCUUUCCUCUACUGUAAGUGAAAGCACCCUUCUUUCAGUCUGUUGUAUAUUACUGCUAAUGAACAGGUUAGCACAUAGCCGUUUGUACUAAUCCAGCAUAUAUUUGUAUAGUGCUAUCAUAUCUCCUCUGUGUUGCCUAUUAUUCUAAAGAAAACAACUGUGGUUUUCUACCCUUUCUUAUAUAACUGUUUUUUUUUUUGUCUUUCUUAUUAAUUCUGUUGCCUCCCCACUUCACUUUUUCUAGUUCUGCAAUUUGUCCUUUAAAACUUGUUCCCAAAAUUGUACUGCAUAUUUAUUGUAGGGUCUUGCCAUUGAUUCAUAAAGAGUCACAAUUAUAAUUGUUCUUGGGUCCUUUUCAUCUACUGUUAUCCUAACUCAACCCCAUUUGAUGCAUAAAUUGCUUUUGGGUCCUGUAAUCCAAAUUGCUUGACUUUGCACUUAUCUAUAUUGAAUCUCCUCUGCUAUUUGCCCAGUCCCUCAAUUUAUCUAAAUCCCAAUUUGAUGGUUUUCUAUCUAUUUUUUCAGCCAGCCAUACACAGUGUGCAGGCAAUGUCCAGGAUAUGCACGGCACGGCAUGCAGCAGCAGCCACCACCACCUUACCUACCACCUGCUGGAACUGAAGCAUCACAAAAUCUGGGAGAUGCCCCAUCUACUUCUGCUAAUUUUCCUGCAGGUUACUUAAAUUAUUGUAAUAAUGCACAUUAUGUCGACUCUCCAGUUGCAGUUUUAUUUUAUGAAUAAACAAUUAUCAUUCUGAGGUAGUCAGCCUAGAGCUUUAAUGCUACUGUCUAACUGUAACACCCAUGAUUUGUAGCCAUCCUGUGCUUUAUAACUCAGCAUUACUAUGUUAACCUUUAGAGGGCAUAUUACAUAAGGUUCCUUGAGGAGCUUUCUCUUGCUCUAGUUCCACACCUGCUAUGCUAACUCCACAGUGACAUAGGCAGCGCAUCGCUCUCGAAUAACUGUUACAUUUGGUCUACAUUGUAUACAUUUACCAUAGUGGUGGGAGGUGGGGGGUUAGGGGCGAACAGUGGUAAUCCUGUGUGUCCGGUUUCAGUGGGUUAUGUAGGGUGGUUUUUGAGGUAUGCCUUCCAAGGUUCCCAGGUGGCGGUGUAUAGGUGGUAUUUAUCUGUUAUAGAGUGGCUGGUCUCUUCGAGACCUCUGAUAGUCUCAACCCUUCGUAUCCAUUCCCGUAUGGAUGGGGGAUUUGGUUGUUUCCAAUAUAUGGGGAUGAGUUGGUUUGCGGCUGAGAUCAUGUGGAGUAGUAGGGUCGUUUUUGGUUUGGGUAUUGUUUAAGGUGGUAUGAGGAAGAUGAACAUGUCUGGUGUGAGCGGGAUGUGUAUGGAUAGUAUUGUUUGAAUCAGACAUUGUAUGUGUUUCCAAUACUUGUGUAUUGUUGGGCAUGUCCACCAUAUGUGUGCUGAGCUACCUUCAGUAUUGUGGCACCUCCAGCACUGGUUUGGUAGUGGUGGGAAGAGUGAUUUUAAUUUGGAAGGGGUGUAAUGCCACCGCACAAUCCGUUUGUGUUAGUGUGUUGCGCGAAGAGUUAUGUAUUUGUCUAAAUAUGAAAUGCCAUGUGUCUGGAGUAAAGGCCAGGUUGAGUUCUUUUUCCCAGGAUGUGGUGAAGGCCAGUGGGUUGUGGGGUUGGGUGGUUGAGAUCAUGUUGUACAUCACAGAGAUGAGCUUUUUCUUUAUGGACUGUUCAUUGCAGUGUUGUUCAAAUCUGGUUUGUGCUCGGUGUGUGUUGUGUGCAAGUGGUCCAGUAGUGAGAGUUCUUUUUGUGACACUAGUAAGGUAGAGAGAAAUAGAGUAUUGUCUGAUAUGGUGGGAGAGUGCUUAAAACAUUGCCUAUCAGAGAGAGAAUAACAGCAGGGGUAGGGGGUAGUUACCUUGAUUGACAUAGACAUUCUGGGAUUAAAAAAAACUAAAACUGACAUGCUGCAGUGGAGAGUAAACUUUACGCCUGGCUAGUAGCAAGAUUUUGAACUCCAGGUCCUUUGCCACCUGUUGUGUGAAUUUCAGUCCCAGAUUCCAUCUAUGUCAUUUGUGCACUACAUGUGACAAGCAAGUGUUGUGAUGUACCCCAUAAGAAUUCACUAAGCAAUCAACUGUAUUUUUGGAACCUUCCUUCCAAAAUUUGAUCUUUUGUAUUCUUUGUUCCCACACUAUACCACCCCUGGCACUAUUUGCCUCCAACUCACUCUCACUGGCCCUCAUUGGAUCCCACAUUGCCCUAACAUGGCCCCACUCUCCAUCCCAGAAUAGAAGCAACAGGUUCCUGCACGCAGUGCCUACACAAAGCCCCAUCAUGACUAGGAAUCCUAAAAAUAGGGAGGCGAUAGCUAUUUAGUAAGGGGACGCAGCAAAGGGGAUGUUGGUGUUUGGUCCCUUUUGUAGAGAUUGCUGCAGACCAUCAUAAGUUCUGUGCAACAUCUAUAUCUGUGAUAUUUGCAUAUUAUCCCAUUCUCCUACCCACUUGACCUCUUUCUGUAAUGGUGCUCCUUAGUAAUAUACUGUAGAGAGCCUGAGAAGCAAACUGCUCCUUUGCACUGUGCAGAAAUCUGUAACAGUUGAAGAACAAGUCUACUUUCUUGGAUUCCCUUACCCAGCAGGUAGAGAAGUUACACAGUUCUCUUUGGCUCCUGUCAGCCUCACUGCAACGCAGGAAUGAUGCAGUGAGCUGACUGCCAACAGUGUUUGCUAGAACUGUCAGGGAGUUGGCGGGACUUUGGCUGACACACUGUGGCAGCCUUUCUUCCUGCAUAUUUGUGCCACACGCCUGCAAUUUUAAAGGGUAGUGUGCAUCCUGUCCCGUUUAAGGGCACUAAUUGUCCUCUGAGAUACAAGGGAUGGUUCUAAGGGACACUGGUGAAAGAGAACAUGAAGUAGGGGGCCGGAAUUGGGUCUUGGGGAGCAUGCUAAAUUGGGAGUAAGGGUUAGAAAGGUGCUAAUAGAAAGUGGUCUGACAUGGCAUUAAGAAAGUGAAAUGGGGAGAAUAUCAAGCACGGAGAGUAAAAUGAGCUAAUGAGUCUCUAAGGAAAGAGACAUGGAAGAAUGCUAAGGUGGGUAACUGGGGAGGAGAAUGGACGUACGUGUGUGUGUGUGUUUUGACACAAAUACAUGUAUACUCAGGUGUGUGCAUAGUUAUUUAAUAUAUUAAAUAUUAGUGUGUGUAUUUAUAUUAUGAGUUCAUGUAUAAUUACAGUAUGUAAUUGUUCUGCCAUUCUUUUAGACAAUAUAAUAGAGAAAAAUUAGCUAUUUUUGCAGUGGUGUAAUUUUCCUUCUUUGUUUCUUAAGGUGCAAAUAGCCUCAGUUCAUAAGUAAACUUUCUUAAUUUAUUAGUUUUUUGGUUUUUUUUAACCCUUUCAGUGGUUCCUUGCCUCACAAAAAGCAUAUUAAUUCACGUACUUUUUGUUCAAUUUUUUCAGCUACUCAAGAAUAUGUAUGUAGUUCCCGAGGAACCCAUGUUAUCUGCACCUGUUGCUUCCAGCCAAUGCCAGACCGAAGGGCAGAGCGUGACCAGAACCCUCACGUAGCACCCCAACAGUGUAAGAAUUUACUUUCUGAUAAAUUUUUAAACCUAGAGAUUAAUACAUAUACUUUCACUAUAUAUUUACGUAUAAUUCUGUGUCAGACUACAUAAAAAAAUGCAGCAUUGACAUUUCUUGAUUACAAAGUAGUCUUUGCUUCAUACAGUUAGAAAAGUGUGAUAACAAUAAUUAGUUAGAAGUAACAGUCACUUCUGAAUAAGAAAGCAAAUUCCCCAAAUUCUACAUACUAUAGUGCCCUCUGCCCCCCACCCCUAUCCAUGGGACAUAAAAAGUUACAAAAAAACAACUCUUUAUUUAACUUUUCCGAUUCCAGUGCCGAUCUCCCUUACCCUCUGGGUCAGCGAUCAGCUUCUUCAAGUGCCAUCCAAUGGGAGGACCUAAUGCGCAUGCACGGCGAUCUUUGCGAUCACAUUAGGCCUUCCCCAUAGGAAAACAAUGCUUGAAUGCUCUCCUAUUGUGGUUUCUCUGACGCUGGAUGUCCUCAUGUAGAGCGUGAAGACGUCCAGCAUUAAGCAACCAAAAGUCUGUUAGGAUCCAGGAAGUGCUUCUAUUGGUUAGAAACAUAGAAUGUGACGGCAGAUAAGAACCAUUCGGCCCAUCUAGUCUGCCCAAUUAGCCUUAUCUUAUAGUUAGGAUAGCCUUAUGCCUAUCCCACACAUGCUUAAACUCCUUUACUGUGUUAACCUCUACCACUCCAGCUGAAAGGCUAUUCCAUGCAUCCACUACCCUCUCAGUAAAGUAAUACUUCCUGAUAUUAUUUUUAAACCUGUGUCCCUCUAAUUUAAGACUAUGUCCUCUUGUUGUGGUAGUUUUUCUUCUUUUAAAUAUAGUCUCCUCCUUUACUGUGUUGAUUCCCUUUAUAUAUUUAAUUGUUUCUAUCAUAUCCCCCCUGUCUCGUCUUUCCUCCAAGCUAUACAUGUUAAGAUCCUUUAACCUUUCCUGGUAAGUUUUAUCCCGCAAUCCAUGAACCAGUUUAGUAGCCCUUCUCUGAACCUCUCUAAGGUAUCAAUAUCCUUCUGAAGAUACGGUCUCCAGUACUGUGUACAAUACUCCAAGUGAGGUCUCACCAGUGUUCUGUACAAUGGCAUGAGCACUUCCCUCUUUCUACUGCUAAUACCUCUCCCUAUACAACCAAGCAUUCUGCUAGCAUUUCCUGCUGCUCUAUUACAUUGUCUGCCUACCUUUAAGUCAUCAGAAAUAAUCACCCCUAAAUCCCUUUCCUCAUAUGUUGAGGUUAGGACUCUAUCAAAUAUUCUGUACUCUGCCCUUGGGUUUUUACGUCCAAGAUGCAUUAUCUUUCACUUAUCCACAUUAAAUGUCAGUUGCCACAAUUCUGACCAUUUUUUUAGUUUACCUAAAUCAUUUGUCAUUUUGCUUAUCCCUCCUGGAACAUCAACCCUGUUACAUAUCUUAGUAUCAUCAGCAAAAAGACAUACCUUACCAUCAAGACCUUCUGCAAUAUCACUAAUAAAAAUAUUAAAGAGAAUGGGUCCAAGUACAGAUCCCUGAGGUACCCCACUGGUGACAAGUCCAAGCUUCGAAUAUAUUCCAUUAACUACAACCCUCUGUUGCCUGUCUCUCAGCCACUGCCUUACCCAGUCAACAAUAUUGGAAUCCAAACUUAAAGAUUGCAGUUUAUUGAUAAGCCUUCUAUGUGCAACAGUGUCAAAAGCCUUACUGAAAUCUAGGUAAGCAAUGUCUACUGCACCACCCUGAUCUAUAAUUUUAGUUACCCAAUCAAAAAAAUCAAUAAGAUUAGUUUGCAUGAUCUCCCUGAAGUAAACCCAUGUUGUCUCUGAUCUUGAAAUCCAUGUGUUCAUCAAUCCUAUCCUUUAACAUGGUUUCCAUCACUUUCCCCACUACUGAAGUAAGGCUUACUGGCCUAUAGUUGCCCAACUCCUCCCUAUUACCUUUCUUGUAAAUGGGCACAACAUUCGCUAACUUGCAAUCUUCUGGGACUACUCCUGUUAACAAUGAUUGGUUAAAUAAAUCUGUUAAUGGUUUUGCUAGUACACCACUAAGCUCUUUUAAUAGCUUUGGGUGUAUUCCAUCAUGUCCCAUUGACUUAUUUGUCUUUACUUUUGACAGUUGACAUAGAACCUCUUCCUCUGUAAACUCACGUGUAAUAAAUGACUCCUUUAUCCUUUUUCUCAACUGAGGUCCCUUUCCUUCAUUUUCAUCUGUAAAUACAGAACAAAAAUAUUCAUUGAGGCAGUCAGCUAGACCUUUAUCCUCUUCUACAUACCUUCCUUCUUUUGUUUUUAAUCUAACUAAUCCUUGUUUUACUUUUCUUUUCUCAUUUAUGUAUCUAAAAAAUGUUUUAUCCCCCUUUUUUACUGACUGUGCUAUUUUCUCUUCUGUGUGUGAUUUGGAAGCUCUUAUAACUUGCUUAGCCUCUUUCUGCCUAAUCUUAUAGAUCAUUUUGUCUUCCUCACUCUGUUUUUUUUAUAAUUCCUAAAUGCUAACUUUUUGUUUAACUAUUUUGGCCACAACUGUGGAGUACCACAGUGGUUUCUUGAAUUUUUUGCUUUUACUGGUAAGCCUAAUGCAAUUUUCUGUUGCCUUCAAUAGUGCAACUUUUAAAUAAUCCCAUGUCUCUUGGACUCCAUUUAAAUUGCUCCAGUCUGAUAAUGACUCAUCUACCCAUAUUCUAAUUUUAGAAAAGUCUGCUUUUCUAAAGUCUAAAACUUUUGUUUUUGUGUGGUGUGACUCAGUCACAGUUCUUAUAUUAAACCACACUGACUGAUGAUCACUGGAUCCUAAACUUUCACCUACAGUAAUAUCUGAUACCAAAUCUCCAUUUGUUAACACUAAAUCUAGUAUGGCCUCUUUACGAGUUGGCUCCCCAACAACUUGUUUUAGAGACAAUCCCAGUAGGGAGUUUAGAAUAUGUGUUCUCCUGGCACAAGUAGCUAAUUUUGUUUUCCAAUUUACAUCAGGAAGAUUAAAGUCACCCAUGAUGAUAACUUCCACCUUCAUUGUCAUUUUAGCUGUUUCCUCAACUAGUAGAUUAUCUAACUCUUCAAUUUGUCCUGGGGGCCUAUAAAUCAAAGCUAAACGAGUUACUGUGUGAUUACCAAAUUCUAACGUAGCCCAAACAGGCUCUAUGUUUGCCUCACUAACUUUUAUUAGGCUAGAUUUUAUGCUAUCCUUCACAUACAAGGCCACCCCUCUCCCUUUCUUGCCUUACCUAUCUUUCCUAUAUAAAGAGUAACCUGGUAUUGCUAUGUGCCAGUCAUUUUUCUCAUUAUACCAUGUCUCAGUAACAGCGACUAAAUCUACACUAUCAGUUGCCAUUAUUGCCACAAGUUCAUGGAUCUUAUUCCCUAAACUGCGAGCAUUUGUAGACAUGACUCUAAGCUUAUCAUUUUUUAACACACUUGCUACAGGCACCUUCUGUCCUUGUUUUGGGGGACAAUUGGAUUGAUGUUUUAUCACCCUUUUGCCCCCCCCUCCUAGUUUAAAUACAUCCUAGCAAAAUCUCUGAACUGCUCACUGAGAAAAUUUGUUCCCUAUUGAGAAAGAUGCAAACCAUCUUUUUUGUACAGCUUAUCUCCAUUCCAAACAGAGCUACCAUGAAAAAUAAAGCCAAAUCUUUGCUCCUGACACCAUUCACCAAGGCACAAAUUAAAGUCCCUAAUACGCAUCCGCCUGUCGUUCUGAGUGUUAUGCACAGGCAGAACUUCAGAUAAUGACAGUGUGGAAGCAACCUGCCGUAUAUCAUUGGCAAAAACACUAAAAACUUCCUUAACCUCUGAAACCUCAUUGCAAGCCAAGUCAUUUGUCCCUAGAUGGACAAGUACAUCCAAUUCCCCUUCCUGCUUUGCUUGCUUAACAAUAUUACAGAUACGUCUCCUGUCUCUGUGAGCAGUAGCUCCGGGAAGACACCUCACAAGACCACCAUUGUCCAUCUCCACACCUCUUAUGAUGGAAUCCCCCAACAACAACUGCUUUCUAUUAGGCCUCACCAUAGUCUCCAAGCCGGUCUCCACAACACCACUAGCCUCAGUGCCUCUCUCCACAACACCACUAGCCUCAGUGCCUCUCUCCACUACACCACUAGCCUCAGUGCCUCUCUCCACAACACCACUAGCCUCAGUGCCUCUCUCCACAACACCACUAGCCUCAGUGCCUCUCUCCACAACACCAUUACACUCUGAAAGUGCAGAAAAUGAAUUAUGAAGAGCAACAGACUUUGCAAAAUGCCUUUUAUCCACAACUCUACCAGAUCCUACAGUAAUCCAUCUGCCAUUCCUAUGUCUUCGCGGCAGUGGCUUGCAGCAGUUCCAGUCUGAGUUUGUUCACCAGAUAAUUUACAAAUCUCAGACUUCAAAAAUACAAUCUCCUGCCGCAAGAUAGAGAACUGUCUACAGAUUAGACAACAACCAAACCUCCAAAAAGUGGAACGUGAAACAAAUGCAUAGCAACUAUUAGACUGAACUAAGUCUGCCAUUCCAAUUAGGAGAAUAAUUUAAAUCAAACAAAUCUUAACUUUGUAUUUAUCCUCCUGAAUACCUCAGAUUACCUCCAGUUUAUCUCCAGAAUAUCUCCAAUUACACACUUAGAAACAGCACUCUCCAGAAUAUCUCCAAUUACACACUUAGAAACAGCACUUAGAAGUAGCAACUAAGCUAUAUUAGCCAAGCUAAUGGCAACAAGCCUUAUAUAACUCCUAAAAUCACCACCCACUAGGAAUGUUUAACAUCUGGGUAGGCCUCUGCUUAUUUGCAAACAAUAGCUAAUUUAAACAGCAAUCAAUAGCAAGUAAUCUAAUCAAAUGCCUUAUAAUUACCAACAGGAAUUCAAACCUUGUGCAAUCAGUAACCUUUUCCUACAGAUGAAUCUUACCUGAUUGUCUUAUUGACAGCCAGUAGAGGCAUUCUUAGUCCUGCAAGGUAAUAAUUGCAGUUUCUCUAAAACUGCAAUGACUAAUUGAAACAGUGACCCAGACCACUUCAGUUAGCUAAAGUGGCCUGGGGGCCUAUAGUGUCCCUUUAAAAUUUUAGUGCCGUGUCUCAGGGAUGAAGCAGGAGAAUCAUCCACCAAUUGAAAUAUGAUUUGGGGCCUGUCUUAAAAUGAACCUGACUGCGCCAACCUGGCCUCCUUUACCUAGUAGAGAAGAGCCUGUGCCUUGGGAGGGCAAAUAAUGUAUCCAGGAGAAGCAGCGCUUAAUAUAGUGCUGUUAACGCCUGCGUCACGACAGGUAUGCUUUCAAAUUCCUCCAAGAUAACAGACCACUGGGAGAGAGAUGGAGAGGCUCCACCACACCAGGUUAAUAGUAUUGUUUCUUUAUGGGCAUUAAAGGAAAUGACAAAUGGACUCCUAUAUGUCUUGCGUGCAAGAGCAGUGUGAUGUAAAAGACCUUCCAGCGCUAAACUAUGUAACCAGCCCACGUUAAUAGUUAUUUUCUUAAGUGGAUUCUCUCCUCACUUUAAUUUGCUUGUUUUAUAUAAUUUUAAAAAGAGGUAAUGAUUACAGAUUUUAUACUGUCACAGUAAGAAAGCCUGGCCCCACAGCAUCUUUAGGAGUUUAAUGUGAUUAAAUAUAACAGGGAGUAACACCUCACACGGCUUACCUAUUUGUGUAUUAAUGACUUACAACCGUUCAUUGUGGCUCAACCCACAUAAGAAGUGUGAUUGCAUAACCUUGUCUAACUGUCAUAUUGUUGUGAUCAAUAAAAGAAAAUUGACAUUAAAAAAACAAAAAAAAAAGACCUGUCAGAUUUUGUUGCAAAGUUGUUUGCAUUUGCUUUCCUCAAUACUUCAUGUCAAUAAAUCAGUUAAACUACUACAACAAAAAGUUAACUUUUAACUUUAGAUUUGGAACAAAAUUUUGACUUUAUAACAGUUUUUAAUAUGUGCCGUUGAGAGGAUCUGCAAAUGCCAUAGUAAACCACAAACAAGUAGAGUUGUUUGUGAAUGUCUCUUGAACCUGAUGGCAGUAUUUCCCGUUCAGCUUUAACUUUGUUUUUUUUUUUGUUUUUUUUUUGCUGGUUUUAUUUAUUUGUUAUUAACGGCUUUGCUAUUUUAGGGUUGUGUGUAUGUCCUGAUGCUGCCUUGAGAUUACAGCUUUUAAUGCAUGUGAAAACUACUGGAUUUUAUAUCAUGAUCUGCCUAUUGAAAUAUCUCGUGAAUAUUAUAAUGUUUAUAUGUAUUUUUAAUUUAAACCAAGUAAUUAAACUUUCUCUGGGGUCUUAGCUUUCUAUUCUUGUUAUCUGACUCUGAGUUUGUGAAAGGUAUUUGCUGUCAUAUUUUGUUUUUACCACUUGUUACCAUUGAUUUCCUUUGACACAUUAUCCUAAAGUUUAUUUCCAUCAUUCCACAGGCUCUGUGUGUUUGCAGUCUUUCUGUCACAUGUACUGGGGAUGUAGCAGGAUGGGCUGUUUCGGCUGCCUUGCUCCAUUCUGUGGUAAGGUGCUGGUGUUUUAACUGUAACUGCUUUUUUUGUAUGUUUUUUGGUUUUUUUACAUGGUCGUGUGUGUUUUUGAUUUUUGUUUUUCUUGGCUGUUGUUGCAUUGCAUCCUGUUCUGUUUAUUUACCAACAUUUAAUGUCAUCAAUCCAUACUAACAGGAAAAGUCAAAUGAAAAAAGUGUUUUCUCUGAAUCAGUAUUGCAGCACUGAUGUGUCCUUUGUUUUUUUUGUUUUUUUCCCUUCUUUUGCUGUUAUAGUGACUUUGUGACAGUAGACAUACUCUGUAUAACAGUUCUUUAAAAACCCACACCCAUGGGCCGUGCCACUUGUGCUUUAGCCAGAGUAGGCAGGAUGACUCACGAGUGAGGCAUCAUGGCAAUGACCUGCUGUCUCCCUGCACCCAAGAAUUCUGACUCAUGUGAUAGCCAUUAGAGUAAUGUGGCACUGGAAAACUUUGAGAGUCCCAGGAAACAUAAGCAUCACUAGAACAUGCCUUACGUGCAUUUUCAAGUGAGUUUCUUUCUGCUUUCAUUCUCUCACUCUGGGCAGUGCUGUAAAAGUGACAAAGUUGCAGCAGUUAACAGGAGCAUCCCAUUUUACAUUACCUGAAAUAGCAUAGUCCAAUAUCAUCAUUUUAUAAUCUGAUUUGCUAUUUGCAGGUUAAACAUUUUGCUGUGUGUUGUUGUUCUAACACAUUUGGGCUGUUCACUUUUCUUCCACAGAAUUAAAUCUUGGAGAAAAAUGUUUGGAUUCUGUGUUAAACAAUAACAACUAUGAGUCAGACAUUCUAAAGGUAAGACAUCUAGCCCUUUUUAUUACAUUUAUGAUCUACUGAUCUUGUUAUUAAAUUGCUGACAUUUGUAAACAUGAAAAAAUUGUUUGUUUUUUUGUUUUUUUAGCAAUUGCAGCUUAACCCUUUAGGGAAGUAACUUCAGAUGGUUUGUUUUGUACUUAAAGGCACAAGCAAUUUUUGCUUUGUAUGCUCACAUGCAAUUUCCUUAUUUCUCACUUAUUGCACCAACACAUAUUUAGUUUUUUUAAAGAACAAAAGGGGCUUUAAUUUUUAUUUUAUUUUUAAUUCUUUAUUUUUCAUGUGAUGAAAAGACAGUUAUACGUGUAGUACCACAACAGCAUAUACACACAAUUUGAAAACAAUUCACAGUAAAUAAACGGUAUGGUUGAGGUACAGUUCGCACACAUUUUUGAUUAUAUUGGACUGGUAUGUUGUAACGAGGACAUGAACAAGUAGGGUGGCGUGUGGUACAUGUUAUAACUUCUGGCUAUGGGAGUCGAGCCCCAGUCUUUUCUCUUAAGGCUAAUGGUUUAUGGCGCGCCCCAUGGGGCCCAGGACAUGGGCUGUGUAUGGCUCGUGGUGCGUUGUGGCGUUCCACUGAGGUGCCACUUGCGUAAGUGUGGCCUGCACCUGUGUUGGUACCCAUCUAUAGCUGUUUGGAUGUCGCCUGUAAUGAUUGUGCACUGUGGGCCUUGGGCUCGUGUGUAGUAGUGGUGACGGCUACGUGUAGUCGCAAAGUGGUUGCGUAACCAUGUCUAGUGUACGUCUAGGUGGAUGGGAGCUGUGGGAGUGUGAGAAGGUCGACCAGUUAGGGCAUAGUUCUAGUGGUGGCAGAUAUGACUGAAAGCUCGACGUCUAUCUAGGUUAUGGAGAUCCUUUGCUGUUAGUACCCUGUUACGCCAGGGACGCAGGGAGGGGAGAGGGUUUCACUGGAGCUGGGUGCUGUAACCCCAAUAGGCCAUUUUCUCGGCUUGUGGACUGUUACUUGGUUGUUGCAACAUAGGAAUUAACUAAAAGUAGAUAAUCAAACAAACGUUUACAUAACAAAAUAGACAAGUGAACUUAGUGUAGGCCGUGUGCGUCAGGUCUUGGUGCUUCUGUGCGUUCUGGGUGCGCCGACCAGUGCUGUAUCCGUGUUCCGAGGUUGGUGGUCUGAUUGCGUCGUCGAGGUAGUCUCUAGGUCAGGAAGUCCCAGUGCCGCCAUUAGUUCUGGGCCCUCUCUGGGGUCUGUGGCCUUGUAGUGCUUGCCGUCUUUGGUAACCCAGAGGGUCCCUGGGGUCGACCACCUGUAGGCAAUGCCUGCUGCUUGGAGAGGUUUAGUGAGUGGAUGCUUUUUUUUUUUUUUUUUGUCAGAUUAGUGUGGCCCUGCUUAAGUUCUGAAAAAAGGAGAGUCAGCAUUCCUCGAACUCGAAAGGAGUCUUCCCUUGUAGCGCUGCCAGGAGCCCCAAUUUGUCUGACAUCGAUUGGCACCGCAAUAUGAUGUAUCGCGGAGCUGCGUUAGGUGCUUGCGGGGAUUUAGCUAUUCUGUAAACUCCAUCAAAUAGGAAAGUUUUGGCUUGUCUUGUUGGUAGUAGUGCAGCCACUAGGCACCUGAUGAAGUAUAGUAAUUCUUUCAGCGGCACAGAUUCCUGCAUCGCUCUGAUUUUGAAAUGUUUGCGUUUCCCCCUGUCAUCCAGUAGGUUGACUUGUCUGGACAGGGCUGCUUGUGUGGAGUGUAGGUGUUGUACCUUCUCCCCCAGUACUUGUAGACCCUGUUUCAGAAAUUACAUCUUUUUUUGUUUUUGCAGCCCUAUCUUAUUGACCUGCACAUUCUCUGUAAAGAGAGAUCUAAGUUUAAACUUCCUUUAUUGCACAGUGUGUUUAAGUUAGAAUUUCUAAUCUUCUGCUCUGUUAAUUGCCUACUAGAAAGUGCAGGAGCUUCUUGUGUGUGAAAAAAUUCAAUUAACAGAGCAAGAGACAAAAAAAAAAAAAACUUCUAAAGUACACACACUGUGUUCUGACUGAUUGAAAAUGAAUCAAUUUUUUCAUGUAGGCUUGUGUGAGUCAUGGCCAGGGGAGGUGUGACUAGGGCUGCAGAAACAAAAGUGAUUUAACUCCUAAAUGGCAGGAAAUGGAGCAGUAGGACAUCAGGAGCAUGAUCUAUACACCAAAACUGCUUCAUUAAGUUUUGAUGUUUCGAAUAUCUCUUUCUCAUGCCAUCAUUUUUUGACCAGUUUAUGGUAAAUAUAUAUAUAUAUCGCGUUAAUACAGUGUUAAACAAAAAUCUGCACACCAUAAGACUUGCUUUUCCCACGUAAAUCACAAACCUGCAGCGAUGCUACCACCGCAAAGGAUUCUGAGUGGGCACAUGCAAGUCAGUUUAACAAAGAAUCACAUUUUUGGCUAAUUCCAUUUUAAGCAUUGUAUUCCUUAGAGACAUAUAUACAUAUGUAUGUAUGUAUGUGUGUGUGUGUGUGUGUGUGUGUGUGUGUGUAUAUAUGUAUAUAUGUAUAUAUAUAUAUUUAUAUUUGUGUACGGCACAUUUCGAGGACGUAAGGAAACAAUAAUAAAAGAAGCAGUAUUAGUAAGAGCAAAGCCAGUUGAGGUGUGCUGAAACUGACAUGAGGUUAGACCUGUAAAAGAGGGCCCACCUAGGUGAAAUGAUAAUAAGCUGAGGGUGCGGUGGGAGGGGCACUUCUGAGAACGUUGACGACAGGUAAGCAGGGGCUUACUGGGUUUAAAUAGGGAUCCAAGUGCCUCCCACAAUUACAGGCCAAGCCUUCUAUUUGUGUAUGGCACAUUUCGAGGACGCAAGGAAACCAUAAUAAAAGAAGCCGUAUUAGUAAGAGCAAAGUCAGUUGAGGUGUGCCGAAACUGACGUGAGGUUAGACCUGUAAGAGAGGGCAAAAAUAUAUAAGAAGCGAUUCUCAAAGUCAGAUACGUUUAUUAAGCAAUACGUUAUUUAGACAUUUCACAGAAAGCCAUUCUUAUUUCUUUCUCAGGAUUGGGGAUGUAUCUGUUGUAUGAUUUCCACCGCCCCAUAUUUUUAAUGAUGUGAGUUACUACGUGAUUACCUGAGGCAGCUGUGGUUGCUCCAAUGCGGAAUGAAUGGCACAAGAAGGCGUGUGGGUUAUGUCCUAGCCGGAGUAAUAACAUACGAAUGUAGAGCAUAAAAUGUUUAGUGGGGGUUAGGGGUUUCCCUUGAAUAGCUAAUAGUGGACAAUCUGGGUUGGAGGUGAUUUGGGAUUCCACUAGUUUAUCCAAUACUUGGACAGGACACCAUUUGGUAGAGGUAGGAUAAUAUUUAAUUUCUACCGGUGGACCUGUUUGGCUCGUUUUGGUAUGAGUAAUAGAUAAGAUGUAGUAGUCCUGUUUUUUAAUUAGGUGUUUCUUCUGGAGGCAGGACUUAGAGUCGGAUGUUUCUCCACAGAAAAUUCUUUGGGUCUCAAGAAAUCAUAGAACGCUAAGUAAGCCACGGACUUGAUAAUUAGGUUUGUGAUUUGUUCAAAAGGGUGACGUGUCGAGUACUGUCUAUGGGAAGUCUCUUAGUGGGAUUGUGUACUGUUAGUCUCUGGACACCUUUGAGGACACUUUUAACUGGGUAGGAUGCUAGGAAUGGAGUUUUGUUGGGAUAGCUGGUUAACAUGUAGUGUUGUAUACCCGUUAAGUAGAGUUUGAUAGUGUUGUAAGUUAAAUUAAGAGAAAUGUGGCAAAAAGUAAUAAAUGCAACCAUAGUUUCAGUGGAAAAAACAUUUAUUAUAUAAUAAUCGCAAACAAAUAUUUUAAACAAUUCGUAUGCUCUGGAAUAAGCUUUCCUCGUAUUAAGGGAUAAGCCUGCCUGAGUGAGUGACCUACUAUGGUGCAAGAGAGAACUUAGCACAUAAUUAGGUUUGUGAAGCUCGGAGGUUCCCUGGGUUGCGAGUUUGCAGACGGAUGAUGCCUGAAAAAUUCCUGCAAAUUAAAUCGUGAGAGAGAAUCAGCAGCGGUAUUUCGAACACCUGGAACCUGAAUACAGGUUAUGCAGAAUUGAAGCUUAGCCGCUAGCCAGGUCAGUCUCCUAAUCAAGUUCAUAAUCGUGAGGGACUGAGAGCGGCCUUUGUUAACGAUAUUACAUGUUGCUAAGUUAUCAGAAAAGCAUGUGACUGACUGUCCACUCCACUCUUUACCCCAAGUGUGUGCAGCUGCUACGAUAGGGUAAAUUUCAAACAGUGCUGAUGUGGUAUUGAAAUUAUCCAGCGAGGUGGUCUCAACUGGCCAAGAGUAUAGCCAUACAUUACCAAAAAUAGCUGCAUAACCUAUGGCACCUGAUGCGUCAGUCCAAACUACCGGGGAAUCGUCAGAAAUGGGGGGAACAAAUAGCGACCUGCCAUUCCAAGAGGACAGGAACAGCUGCCACAUAUUUAGAUCAGCUCUAGCUGACUCGUCUAUGGAAGUGGUGGAGUCGUGGUCAGGGAGACCGUGCAAUAGAGAGAGGAUUCUGGAAAUGAAAGACAUGCCCUGUGGAAUUAUCCUCAAUGCAAAAUUGAGUGAACCGAGUAGUGACUGUAGCUGUUUCCUGGUGCAAGUGCCUUGUGACGUGCUGAUGUUUAUGUAAGAAAGAAUUCGGUCUACUUUCUCUUGGGGCAUGCUGGCCUGCAUAGAGACAGAAUUGAACGUAAUCCCUAGGAAAGUAAUCUCUGUGUUGGGACCUUCUGUUUUGUCCUGUGCUACCGGGACUCCUAAAUCUUUGAACAGAGUGAGCAUGUGAUCAAGGCUUUGUGGUGUGCAGUGGUGUGGCUCGAUGGUGAGGAAGUCGUCGUGUAUGACUACUGGACAUCUGCAAAAGUUCAGUAGGAGCCAGGUUAAAGUUUCGGCGAAUAUGUCGAAUAACUUGGGGCUACUUUUGGAGCCGAAGGUUAGUCUGGUAGCGAAAUAGUAGCUGUCCUGCCACUUAACUCCAUGCAUAUGCCAGAGUGACUGAUGAAUGGGAAGUAAUUUAAAGGCGUUAGUAAUGUCAGAUUUACUCAACCAGGCCGCUUUCCCCUGAAUGAAUGAUUGCUUGUAUGGCAUCGCCAAUUCUGGCGUACUGAAGGGAAAAGUCUUCUGAAGGGAUCAGUGCAUUUAGGCUAGGUGUAGAGGAAGGGUGAGGUGCAGAAAAGUCAAUAAUCAGUCUCUUUUUAUUGUUAAAUUUCCCUGUGGCGAUACCUAAGGGGUUUGUCCUCCAGGAUGUGAAAGGUGGUGUUGUGAAAGGGCGUAUCAUGAAACCAUUGGUGACUUCUUUCUGUAGGAGUUCUUGUAUGGUGUCUGGAUCUGUGAGUGCUGACUGUAGGUUGGAGCAUUCCAAGAUACCUGUGGGGAGUGACACGAACCCUGUGUGAAACCCAUUAGUGAAACCAGCCGUGAGAAAUUCCACCAGAUGUAAAGAAGGAUGAUUAGACGGGUAGCGUUGCAAAUUAGUUACGUUUAAUGGAGUGGCAGAUUUUUUUAGGGUACAACCUGUUGGGGCACAUCGUUUUGACGUGUGCUCUGAAACAAAGUGAGCACACGUGAAGAAGCCUACAAGCACUACAACCCCUGGCAUUGAAAUUAUUGCAGACUUGAGCUUUACCCAGGAAAACAAUUGUCCUUCCUAACUUGUCUCUCACUUCCCUUUGGGUAGUAGUGGACUGAUAAUCAGCGCUGGCGCUACUGGUAGAAGGGAUUGCUACAUUUUCAGGACAGAAAUUGACCUAAUGAGCAGCUGAUGAGCAUAUGGUGCAGGAUGGAGUUUUGAGACCUGCAAAAUGCAUGAGAAACAGUUCAGUGUCUAACUGUCCCUAGUCUGUAAUAGUAUUUUAUUGAGACAGUGUUGCUGCAGAUCUGGAUGCGAAUAACUUAUGAUAAUCGUAAAAAGCAUAACCCCCGUACUUAUAUGCUAACUCAAUAACUUUGUGAAGUUGUAAGUCAAGCUCUUCUCUACAGAAGGGAAAAGCCUUACAAAUCACGUCUCUGUACAGACCGAAUGCCAGGACAAAUUCAGGGAUUUUGAGUUUCCUAUUUAGUCUAGGGUCUCUAGACUUCAUAACUACUGACAGAUCAUCAAACGUAUACGCCCUGUUCUCGACAACGUUUUGAGAUGCUAUCAGUAGUCAAGCCAAGUUAAUGUCCUUCUCCUCUAUUAUGUCAUGUCUCAGAUUCUGAGGAAUGAGGUGAAUAGGAUUUAUGAUAUUGGUAGUUUUUUUAGCUGGGAGAGGAUUAAUGUUACCUCCAGGGUUAGGCGCGGACUGAGCAACGGGCACUGGAACAUCAGGAUCGGGUGGAAUAUUAUUUGACUCCAGAUUAUCCAACCUAUUAUUAAUAGUUGCUACUGAAGAAACAAGGGAGGCCAUCAUGACGUGCAACUCAGCCAGGCUAUUUUGCACAUUAAACUCUGAACUAGGGCCAGGCCUUUCGUCGUCCUCAGUAGAGUUUAACAAGCUAAAUAGCUGUAGCCGGGAAAGGGAUAUUCCUCUUUUUGAGUUCCGCGGUGAGUUUAGGGGUAGACAAGGAACGAUAGCUGGAAGCUGGACUUGGAGGAAUGGGUUGCCUCCUCUGUGAGCCUUAUGUGAGUGGGGUGCUGGUAACCGACAGAUUAUCUCCUUGUAUAGAAGCGUUGGACAUGCUAAGAAAGUGAGGCAGAUGGAUAAGGUUAGUAUGGUGCCGUAUAGUUCAGUAGUGAGCCAGCUUACUAGAGUAGUGCCUACAGGCGAAAUUGUAUUAACUAGCUUAUGUUGGUGACAGGUGAUGCCCUGAUCACUUGCCAAGUGGCUAUAAGAGGCACUACCUAUGAUUUGGCUUGUGGGGCCUUUGUUCCACUGAGGUGGGUGGCGCGGUGUUGGCCUCUCGGUGACACGUAAAAGAAAGAAAUAUCGAUUGGCUGUGACGGGUGAAGCCCUAACUAUGACUUGAUGCAAGGCUAUAACUAUGCUUUGGGACGAUUGGGCACGAACCUCUGAACGGAAGGGUUGAUAGUAUGCCUUGCGGGACCACUUGACUUAUAGGCGAAGAGGCCUAUGGGAUCAUACCUAAUUUGAUGAGAGCUUAAACUUACUCUUAACGCUGCCUGGGUUUAAUUGGUAACGUACAUGAAGAUUGUCUUGUAUGACGUAUACUGAAGUGGAAAGAAUAAUCCUUACUUGAACCUAAAAUAUGUCACAAAUUUAAGUUACAAACUAACCUCCAGGUGAAACCAUAGAAAUUGCCCCGCCAAGCAAAAGGGUAGAUACUAACCGUAAAAGUAGAAAAUGUUAAGAUGAUUUGGUAGGGUGAUAACCAGAAGUUUUAAACUGCUGCAGUUGCGUUUAACCAGUAAGGCCCGUUUGUAAGCAGAGUCAGUAAUAGUAUUAUCUUAACAGAAGGGAGAAACAACAUAUAAACGUGUAUAUAUAACGUCAUCUAAAUGAUACUGUAUAGCGUAGUUAGCAAUAAGCAAUGCCCAAGAUAUGCAUAGUAAUAACUCGUAUAACAUACUAAUAAACAAAGUAAAGUACGCAAAUAAGCUUUAAGGAGAAAUACUUUAGUAAUGACCUUUAACUGACCAUAAUAAUGAACGAUUUAUUCCAACGUUGAUUUGACCGGAAUUAACCACUGCUGCUUCAACUGAGUGAUUGACUGAGUUGUUAAUAAAUGACAUUAAUAUACCCUAAAUGAAGGUACAGAGGAAAUAAAAUACAUAUGCAGAUAAACUAAAGUUUGCCAUACAUUAAAAGAAAGUUACCAAUCAACAUUGUGAAACCACAAGGUGGCGAUAUUAGCUAAACAAACUGACUACCCGGCAUACGAAAAAGCUGAAACAAGCUUAAAUGGAAAUAGCCGUGCUAUGAAUGAAUUAGCCGAAUACAGCAUGAAAUAGGGAGAUGGCCACGAAAGACCCGCACAUAAGUAGAGGGGUUGCUCUACAUAACCAUCAGUUCAGCUAAACGAAGCUGGUACGUGGUAAUUAUUAAAGGGGGUCCCUUUACACGCCGUGUACCCUGCGAGUUCGUGGGGGGGGAGGGGGGCAAAUCUGCUAGUACGUAGCUGGGGACCCCGGAGAGUCGAAGGGGUUCCACAGUUAAUAGUACUAUGGCGUGUUUGAAGAUCCCGUACUGACAACUCAUGGUUUACUCGGGGAGACAGCCUCGUGGAGCAGCCAGGCACCCGACAGUGGCCGGACCUUGCAGUGAACACUGAAUCUGGAUUAACCCGGAAAGAAGACCCAAUGCACUGCCGGCGGGUGGAGAAUGACGUCGGGAACACGUGAACUGGAAGUAAAUCGAAGCACUUCCGAGAACGUUGACGACGGGUAAGCAGGGGCUUACUGGGUUUAAAUAGGGAUCCAAGUGCCUCCCACAAUUACAGGCCAAGCCUUCUAUAUAUAUUACAUUGCUAAACACAAAUACACACACCAGUCAAGCCAUAAGACUUGCUUUUCCCACAGAAAUCUCACUUUAACAGUGCUCUCACUACUGCAAGGGAUUCUGGGUAGGCGUUGUGUUUAGCAAUGUAUUAACUAUCCACUUACUUCAGGUGGAAGGGGUUUUCAUCCACAAUAUUUUCCCCACCACCGUUCUCUGUUGGUGUAUAUAUAAAUUUCCACAAUCUCAGCACUCUAGUUCCCGGUCUUUAAUGAUGCUCCGGUGUCAACUCCAGCCAUACUAUAGGAAAGAAGAUGAGUGGCUAAAUAAAAGCAUUCUGCUUUACUACUACAGUCUCCAGAGUGCACUUAUAUUCUAUAUAUAAUAUAAAAUGUGUUUUUUGUUGUUGUUGCAUACACAAUCUAGAAUGUGCCACUAUGAUCAAACCCGCCAAAUUUGCUCUGCAAACUCCUCUGAAAAAACAAUAUCCCACCCAUUUGCCCAUCUUUGCAGGGUUGUGUGUGAGUGCAGUGCUUUUGUGUGAAUGUUUGUGUACGUAUCUAAUGUUAGAAUGCAGGAAUGUGUUUCUGUUUAAUGUUCACGUUUGCUAAAAUACUGCAUGACCUAGAACUAUUUAAUCAUGGAUCCAUAAGGGAAGGGAAUCCAUGACAGAUUCAUUCCAUCAUGGUUAAGGAGUUAAAACCAGGGGCGAUUGUCCAAACUUUGAACCAAAACAAAACCUAGAAUUUGAGCAGUGUGUUUUAUAUUUAUAUAUAAAUACACACAAAUAAGUGCUGUGCUCGGACUCUCACUACUCCUGGGUGGCAGCAAUGACCACAGUUCCAAUACAUACAAUAAAAACCAAAGAAAAGAGUUUCCUGCACACUACCCCCACUCCCUAUGCAUAUUUAGAUAAAUAGUAUUUUUUUUUUCACUCAAAUGGCGAUUAGGUGUAAGCCUACCUGCCACGUUUAUAUAUUUAUCUAUAUUGUUAUUUUAAAGAGCAGGAAGGGCUUUGUUUUACUACCCUAUAAGUAUUGAGUAUUAAUAAAAUGUAAAAAAGUGGGGGGAAACCUUACACAUCCAGUGUAAAGAAAAAGAACUAAAAAUAGAUUCACAUAUCAGUCUUGAUUGUUAAAUGCGUGGGUCGUAUGACUAAUUUAAAUACAUUUUUGGUAGUUAACUCUUACAUAAUACCAACCUUACCCCUAUGCUUACACUACCUCUAAACAUCUAUUUACCUUUUUACCUCACCCUUUCCCUAACCUUAACGGAUAUAUGGCCCCAGUUGACAGAAUGCAACCCCUAUUGUUGAUUGAUACAUGGGUCUCAAUGGUGUGAGCAGGGAGUGAAACCCUGAUCACACCAAAAUGAUAGGAUAACAACUAAACGAGCAUUUAAGUCCAGUAUUGGUAGGACAUAAUGAAACAUCCUAAUGUUGUUAAGUGACUAUUGCAUUACGUAUCCAGAUAUUUAUGCUCUCUGCACAUGUAUCCAAAACACUGUAUUCAUGAUCUUACAAAGCAGUGUGCUCCUCUUGUGCUGCUUUUAUUAGUAGAGAAAUAUACCAUGUAAAUGGAUCAUUUCAUUUGUGCAUUUAAAGCGGUCUUUCAGAUCCCUAAAGCACUUUUGUUUGCUGGAAAGCAAGUAUGUCCUUUUUUAAAAAAAAAUUCAAAAAGCACACAUUUCAACAGAAAUUGACACUUUUAUAAAUGAACCUGGUUACAACCCACUGGCUUUCAAGCAGACAACAGUUACUUCCUGGUUUGGUUAGCUCAGUGGAGCUAAACUCAGGAGUCAGGCAAUUGCUCAGAGCACCUGCCUUUCAAAGACUUGAGCUGCAUUGGGAAGUCUGUGAUUGGACAACCACAGAAAGACUUGGUGGGGUAAGAAGGGCAGGGCUUUCAAAGGCAAAAGGCAGCAGACAAGAAAACUGCAGGUUUUGCAAGCUGUUUUUAGAUAUGGAAAAGAGGAGGAGGAGGAGUCUGCGCUAAGUAACAAAAAACGGAAGCUGCAACCCUAAAAAGGGAAUCCCUCAAAAACCCUUAAAAACAGCAAAGAAGAAAAAAAGAGGGUGAAGGGUUGCGCUAUAAAAUGGAUAAUCUCACAAUAUAUAGACUAUAUGUUAAAUAAAACAGAAUCCAUACAAUAAUAAAAAAUAGAUAAAACAAAGUCCAUGCAAUAGUAGAGAUCAAAUACUAAAAUGUCCAGUAAAAUGUAUAAAAUCGUCUCACUGAUAUAUGAAUAAGCGUGUAUACAAUCCUCAGGAGUAGAUCCGUCCGGGUUGUGAAUAGUCCAUAUAUGUGAAGAUAAAAACACGAAAAAAUUCCAAUAGUGUAGUAUGUUACUUGAAAUUUAUAUAAAAUGAAAAAUGAAGGAUAAUACACUCACAUUUGAUGGAGCUUUGGACCAGCUCUUGGAUGAAGGGCACUUAGCGGUAUAAUCCCCGCUAAAGGAUAAAUGGUGGCAGUAGAUCUGUCCGUCCAACUUGGUAUCCGUAGUGGUCCGUAGAAUAUAUGGAGACAAUAAUAGUGCUCUCAAUACGAAAAGAUAAAAUAAUAAUAAAAUAUACUCACAACGAUAGAGCAGAAAAUACUGCUCUAUAGGUACAGCUCUGGUGGACUAAUCCGCACCUAUGGAUUGCUUGAGCAGGAUACAGUAAAAUGCCAGGAAAAUUAAUAAAUAGAAAGAAAGUGUAUGUACAAUAAAAUAAGAUUGCCCCUAUAAAAAGGAAUACCAAAUAAAACUUUUAUUGUUAAAAAUACACAAUAUAAAACCAUUUAACGCGUUUCACCUCUUUGGCUUUAUCAAAAAUGGCAAGAAAAGAGUACAUGGCAUUGAAUCGGUAUAUAUAACAUCUUACAGUAAUCAAAAUUGGCGCCUAAAGCAAUUAGUCCAAUUACAAAACAAGAAUUUUCAAAAACGUUUUUUGUUUUACAAAUAGACAUAAAAACUCAUGUAAUACUUUGUGGGGCAUAUCUAAGUCCUAGAGUAUAUGUACAUAUUAAAAACGAAGGGUAUUUUAUAAAAUGUGAUGAUUUUAAAAAGAUCAUGUGAUCGGAACAAGGGGGCGUGGUGAGUGGGCGGCACACGACGCACGGCUUGCUUGAGGGUUAUACAACCCUCAAUAAACAUGUGACUGGCAGCUAGAAGCUGUAGUUUUGCCGGUCACAGUGCACGUGGGCGGCUGACUGACAGCUAAUGUCAGCCAAUCGCCCACCUCCACAGCCAUAUGUAUGGAUGGUCUUGAGAACCAAAAAGCUGAGAAACAGAUUGCUUACAGUGUGAUGAAAUAUAGUGUAAACGAAAAAGUAUACAUUGAUAAUGGAAAAGAGAGAUGGAAUUAGGAUUUGAAAAAUGGGAUUAAAAAAUAGACAAAAUAAACAAAAUAAAAAAAUAUGAUAAAAAGUGAAAAUGAAAAUAAGAAUAAGAAUAAAAAAUAAAACUAAUAAAAUUAAAAAUAAAUAUAAAUAAAAAUAAAUGAAAAUGAAAUAAAAAUAAAUAUAAAUAAAUAUAGAAAUAAAUAAUAAUAAAAAUAAGUAUAGAAAUAAAGGUAAUUGUAAAUCAAAAUAAUGUCUCUGAAAUGGUUCAGAGUUAUAAAACUUUUUAUUUAAAUUGAUUUAAAAGAAAAAUUUAAUUAUAAAAAGUUGUAUAAAUCAAAGUCUGCAUUUAGACCUUGUGGUGCAAGAGUCUGCAAUUUGUAAACCCAUUCCAUCUCUACUUUUCCCAAAAUAUUUCUAAUGUCACCUCCUCUCCAGGGUAGGGUACAUUUCUUAAUUCCUAUGCAUUUUAAUAGUUUAGGAUCUUUAUUAUGAUUCAAAAAAUGUUUGGAUACUGAAUGAUUUAUGUAUCCAUUUUUAAUAUUUCUACAAUGUUCGCUUAUUCUGGUUUUCAAGCACCUUGUGGUCAUUCCAACGUACUGGAAGCCACAUGGGAAUUCAAGCAAAUAGAUCACAUUUUUUGUAUUGCAACUUAUAAACUCCUUGAUUUUAUAAGUGAUUUUAGUUCUACUGGAAGUAAAUUCGCCAAUUUUGGGCGGUAGUGUGGAAUCAGUAGUUUUGCACACAAUACAAGUCUUGCAUUUAUAAAACCCUUUAACUUGUGGAAAGAGAGAUGCUGAAUUUAUAUUUUGAGUUUUUUUUUAGUAAAAUUAGUGGUUAAAAUAGAUUUGAAAUUUGGAGCUCCUCUAAAAACUAUAUUCGGCUUGUUAGGAAUAAUUUUAUUAAGUUUAUCAUCUUGUUCUAGAAUGUGCCAGUGUUUUUUAAUGAUCUUUUUAAUUUAAUUUUUAUUUUUUUUAUUUUUAUAUUUUUAUUUAUAUUUAUUUUUAAUUUUAUUAUUUUUAUUUUUUAUUCUUAUUCUUAUUUUCAUUUUCACUUUUUAUCAAUUUUCUUAUUUUGUUUAUUUUGUCUAUUUUUUAAUCCCAUUUUUCAAAUCCUAAUUCCAUCUCUCUUUUCAAAUAAUAAUAUAUUUUCAAAUAAUAAUAUAUUUUCUAUUAUCAAUGUAUACUUUUUCGUUUACACUAUAUUUCAUCACACUGUAAGCAAUCUGUUUCUCAGCUUUUUGGUUCUCAAGACCAUCCAUACAUAUGGCUUUGGAGGUGGGCGAUUGGCUGACAUUAGCUGUCAGUCAGCCGCCCACGUGCACUGUGACCGGCAAAACUACUGCUUCUAGCUGCCGGUCACAUGUUUAUUGAGGGUUGUAUAACCCUCAAGCGAGCCGCGCGGCGUGUGCCACCCAGUCGCCACGCCCCCACCGUCCCAAACUACAUUUCCCUAGGAGCAUAGCUCCCAACUGCCGGUCACAUGGUUUUUGAGCCCUUACAGCCCUCAAGCAAGCCGUGCGGCGUGUGCCGUCCACUCGCACGCCCCCUUGUUCCGAUCACAUGAUCUUUUUAAAAUCAUCACAUUUUAUAAAAUACCCUUCGUUUUUAAUAUGUACAUAUACUCUAGGACUUAGAUAAGCCCCACAAAGUAUUACAUGAGUUUUUAUGUCCAUUUGUAAAACAAAAAAUGUUUUUGAAAAUUCUUGUUUUGUAAUUGGACUAAUUGCUUUAGGCGCCAAUUUUGAUUACUGUAAGAUGUUAUAUAUACUGAUUCAAUGCCAGGUACUCUUUUCUUGCCAUUUUUGAUAAAGCCACAGAGGUGAAACGCGUUAAAUGGUUUUAUAUUGUGUAUUUUUAACAAUAAAAGUUUUAUUUGGUAUUCCUUUUUAUAGGGCCAAUCUUAUUUUAUUGUACAUACACUUUCUUUCUAUUUAUUAAUUUUCCUGGCAUUUUACUGUAUCCUGCUCAAGCAAUGCAUAGGUGGGGAUUAGUCCACCAGAGCUGUACCUAUAGAGCAGUAUUUUCUGCUCUAUCGUUGUGAGUAUAUUUUAUUAUUAUUUUAUUUUAUCUUUUCGUAUUGAGAGCACUAUUAUUGUCUCCAUAUAUUCUACGGACCACUACGGAUACCAAGUUGGACGGACAGAUCUACUGCCACCAUUUAUCCUUUAGCGGGGAUUAUACCGCUAAGUGCCCUUCAUCCAAGAGCUGGUCCAAAGCUCCAUCAAAUGUGAGUGUAUUAUCCUCCAUUUUAUAUAAAUUUCAAGUAACAUACUACACUAUUGGAAUUUUUUCGUGUUUUUAUCUUCACAUAUAUGGACUAUUCACAACCCGGACGGAUCUACUCCUGAGGAUUGUAUACACGCUUAUCCAUAUAUCAGUGAGACAAUUUUAUACAUUUUACUGGACAUUUUAGUAUUUGAUCUCUACUAUUGCAUGGACUUUGUUUUAUCUAUUUUUUAUUAUUGUAUGGAUUCUGUUUUAUUUAACAUAUAGUCUAUAUAUUGUGAGAUUAUCCAUUUUAUAGCGCAACUCUUCACCCCCUUUUUUUCUUCUUUGCUGUUUUUAGAUAUACCGCUAAUAAAAAAAUAAUUAAAUGCAUGCAAAUUAUCAUUUGGGUAUAUCUAAUAAACAGUCACUUUUUAAAUUUAAUUGGAAUUUGUAUAGUGGAGUGUCCAUUUCAUAUUUGUAAAUUGUAUAUUUGUGAAUUCAGUUACAAUGAAAGCAAUUGUCAGAACACUAGAAACAGUGUAAUGAUUGAUAGAUAUGCGUGUGUGUGACUGCAAUAUCACAUAAUGAGCCACCUUUUUUAUUUUUUUUUAUUCUAGCUCUCCUGUUAAGUAUAGUAGGACGGUCCUGUCCCAGUGUUUCUUCAUCCAGUUACCCAUAGCUAAAAUGAUUUGCAAGCAAAAAAAGGAGUGCCUGCUACAUGUCUACCCACUAUUAUCUGUUUUUACAGAGUAUAGUUAUUUCAUCUGACUAUAGAAGAUUUUGUACAUUGUGCCCACAAAGGUUCUCAGAACUUGUUUGUAGCUUUCUGAGUGAUAUCAUGCAUGUCUUUUAUGAUUUAAAUUUUGAGUGCUGAACUCUAUAUUCCAUAAACCCCAGCUGGGAUGAGAAUUGUGGAAUUUUUGACAAUAAAAGAGCAUUAAAAAUGUCUUAACCAGAACACCAUUGCCAGUUUAAUAAAAUCUAUUGAUUACAGUGUUUUUAUAGAUUGAUGCCUCCAAUAAAAUUGUCUAUCUAUGUUUAAAAUCUUGCUGUAAAACCGUUUUAUAUAUAUAUAUAUAUAUAUAUAUAUAUAUGUGUGUGUGUGUAUAUAUAUUUUAUAUUUUUUGGGGUUUAGAAUUACCUGGCAUCCAGAGGCUUAACAUGGAGAGACUUACUGAAUGAAAGUCUGGCAGCUGUUCAAAGAGGAGUUUUCAUGCUUCCAGGUAAAUCUUUCCAUCUAUUGUAUUUUUCUUUCGGUAGAGCAGGAUUUUUACAUUGUGCUUAUUGUAAUGCAUACAUGCAUCCACUAGAUGGGGCAGGUGCAAAGACAAUAGAACAGUCGCCGAGUAAAUCUUCAUGAAAUGUCUGUGUAACCCUGUUUAGUCCAGGGACUUUAAAGUAAGGUGUUAAUUUAAAAAAGUUAUGUUUGCAUUGGCAUGUAAAUAUACCAGAAUCCAUGUGGUAUUGUAUUUGUCAAGUGUGAUGUUGAUCAUUUCUAUGUGACUACAUUGUAAAAACAAAUUACGGUAAUAUAUUCUUUGCAUUUGGUAUGUUUUUUUGGGGGUUUUUUUUAAAUAUCAAAAACACAUAUAAAAAAAAAUAAGGGAAUGGGCUGCACAUUAAACUAUGGCCGAGAUAUAGACCAAAAUUAAGAGAGAUCCGCAAACUUAAAAUCAUACAUAUUUUUUAAAUUUUUUAUUGUUACUUUUAUUAGGUUUCAUCAAUAAAUAGAUUUUGCUUCUCUGCACUGUUUUGUUUUGCCUUUUUAUGAAUUCCGAAACCAGCAUCGUUAUGUUGUUUGUCAAUAAUAUAAUUUUCUAAAACAUUAAAGAUAUCCAUCUCUAAAUAAAUAAUCAGUGCAAAUCAUGUACAGUGUUUCCCUGAUUAUUCAUUAUAUGAUGGCAUUCUGUAAUUUCUUAUUAGUAAACAUGACGUGGCUUCCUGGAUUUUGUAUUAAAGAAGAUAUGUUUUUAAAAGAAAGGCUUGUAGGACCCCUGGCGAUAUGUUCCUUUCCGUAAUCAUUAAUCUGUUUUAAUCUAUUUAAUUAGUUCUUGUGCAUUAAUGGGUAGAACUGGCAGAUUAAUGGGGCCAAUUGGCAAUUACCGUCAAACUCAACUUCUGUGAGCAAGGCUCCUUAAAUUGGAUUAUUUUUUUUAUUAAGUAUUAAGAAGUUCAGUGCCAGAAAUUUUAGCCCUGUGGAUCCAUAAAGCUACAGUACUAUACAUAGAAUAUGCUUGGUCUUAUUUUAAUAUGAAUAUAAAUGAUAUUUAGAAUGAUUUUGAAUUUUAUAAUUGGCCUCUGAUAGUAAGUUUAACCCACAGCGAGGGCAUGACCCAAGGGUUAUAUAGUGUAUUACACAUUACAAGUUUGUUGAUCCACACUCAUAGGGAAUCCCGAAAAAUACAUCCGGAAGAAAUCAUAGAAAAAAAUGCACAUUUAUAGAAGUCAAAAAAGAAAAUGCAUAUGGCAAGAUACUAGGACAUGUUGAGAGAGCACCCGGAGUGGAGCGAAACGCGUCCAAGGCUUCUUUAAUCUUUCGUUAGGGUCGGCUUCUUUGGUGGUCUCCCCCUGUACAUCAGCUGCAGGUACACUGCACAACCUUUUUUUAAAAUUAUUUUUCACAUGCUUGGACCAAUAUAGCAUACAUGACGACUGCUGUUUUAGUGUCUUGCCACGUGUAUUUUCUUUUUUGACUUCAAUAAAUGUGCGUUUUUUCAAUGAUUUCUUCCUGAUGUAUUUUUGGGGAUUCCCUAUGAGUGUGGAUCAACAAACUUGUAAAGUGUAAUACACUAUAUAACCUUUGGGUCAUGCCCUCGCUGCGGGUUAAAUUUACAAACAGGCCAAUUGUUAAACUUGCCCUCACUGUGGGUUAAACUUACUAUCAGAGGCCAAUUAUAAAAUUAAAAAUCAUUCCAGAGCAGCCUUUCUUUUGCAGAGUUAGAAACCCAGUAGCUUUUUGUUUUUUCUUAUUAUGUAAUCAUCUUUGUUUUUAUAGUGUUUUAAUUUUUUCCAUCUGCAUCUGACCAUGUCAGCAUGUUACAUUCCAGUUCUUUUGUUAUUCUCAACUGUCACUGUUUCUGCCCCACAGACUAUAGGAUAAAUGGAACCACAGUGCUUUGCUACUUCUGUGGCCUGAGGAACUUCAGAGACCUUACCUACCAAUACAGGCAAAACAUCCCAGCUGUCGACUUACCAGGUACCCAUCAUCUGGAACUGCCAAAAACAUAUUUUUUUAUUUUUUGUGUAUUAACUGACAAGAUACAAAGCCUUCUGGUACGAGACUUUUUCAUAUCACAUAGCUGUCUUGAAAGAUAUACUUUCAUGCAUACAAAUUUAUGUAAUUUAUUUUGUCUUCUAUAAAGCUUGCACAGACUCCUAUUAAGAAAUGUAACAUUUCCAAGAUUUGUGAAGCCAGGAAAAAAACUAUUCUUUUUUUUUCUUCCCAGAUAGAGAACUGUGCUCUGCAUUUUUUAUUUUUUUUAACAAAUUGAAAGUCAUUUUGUUACAUUAUGAGCAUGAAAUACAGUGUGUAUAAAAGUAUUAUGCUUGAUAUAAAAAAUAGUUUUAGAAAAUGGUAAACCUAAUUUGUUUUGGUUUUAAAUGAAACAACAAUGUCCAACGAACAGUAAAUGGAAAACUACUCCUCCCCUAAACACACACACACACUCUCUCUCCUCCUCCCCCUCCCCCCUUUCUCCCAUCCACAUAACAAAAUGAAUUACCUAAAUUAAUUUAAAAAAAACAUUUUAUAUCCUGUGAUCAACCAUCAGUACGGUAACAGAUGUAGACACCGUCCUCUUCCUCAAGGCUUACAAUGGUCCUUUGAAACUUGAAGCUCCAAAGGAUUGUGUAGAGAGUUGGUGCAAAAAACACAACCUUGGUUUACACCGUUGCCUAUUGGAAAGGGUUUUGAGAGGUCUUUGCUGUGUCUGAAUUGGCCACAUUGAUUUUUGUGUAGCUGAAUGAUCAUAUUGAGGAACUAACGGAGGCAUCUUAGACGUUCCAAGAUUUGCCACAUACCUUUUAUGCUCACUUUGUCGAAAUCUUUGGUUAAGUCAAAGAACAUCAUUUACAAUUCCUUGUUCUGUUCCUGACCUUUCUCUUGGAGCUUUCUGAGAACAAAUACCAUGUUGUUGGUGCUCCUCCUAGCUCUUAUGUCGCAUUGGCUCUCUGAAAAGAGUUCUUCUGCAAUGGUGGGUACCAGUCUGUUCAAAAGUAUUCUUGCAAAUAUUUUUCCUGCCGGCAGUGUUAUCCCCUUUCUCAUACAGGGUGAUUAUUGCAUCAAAGAGGUCCUGUGAAAGUUUGCUUUGUUCACAGCAGCAAAGAAAUCAUGAAGUUUAGUGUGUAAUGCUGGGCCCCCAUCAGGGCCGGUGCAAGGAUUUUUGCCGCCCUAGGCAAAAGUAAAGUUUGACGCCCCCCUCCUCCCCCCCGUGACAUCGCAAUGCCCCACCCAUAUGACCUGCCAUGUUAACUAACGCUAGUGCUGCAGUGCCGCUGUGUUUACAUUAAAAGGCCUGCAGGGACAGGCUAUAGACACCAGGACCACUACAUUAAGGUGCAGUGGUUCUGGGGACUAUAGUGUUUCUUUAAUGUGAGGUAAAUUAGAGAUUAGUGCCACGAAUAAUAUACUAGAUUACCUACUUACAAGCAGAUGAGGAUGAUGAUGGGCUCUAGCUGCAGUCUGGCUCCACUGGUCUGGUGUAUAACAGGAUCUCUGGAGGCUGUUUGUAACUGUGGUCACACAAAUCAAUGUUCUGGGAGAACGAGAAGCAGCUCCAUUUUUUGGGGGCCCUUUACACAGCUCAAGGUCUGGGUCCCAGGGUCCACCUUCAUUUUCCACCAAUGAGUUUGUUCACAGGGGAUGGAGUGUGUAGGGAAUGUCCUGAUUUGUGUGUAAGGAAUGCAUUGUGUGAAUCUGUGUUUGUAUGUGUAAGGGCUGCAAGGUGUGUUUCUGUGUAUGUAAGGGAUGAAGUGUGUGAGUCUGUAAGGGGUGCAUUGAGUGUGUGUAAGGAAUGCAUUGUGUGUUUCUGUGUGUGUAAGGGAUGCAUUGUGUGUAAGGGUUGCAUUGCGUGUGUGUGUAAUGCAUUGUGUGUUUUUCUGUGUGCAAGGGGUUCAUUGUCUUUGUGUGUAAGGGGUGCAUUGUGUGUGAUGUGUGUGUGUGUGUGUGAUGGAUGUCAAUCUCUCCCCCCUCCCUUGUCACUCUCUUCUCCCCCCCUCCCUUGUUACUCUCAUUCCCCCUCCCUCCCCUGUCACUCCCCCCUCCCUGUCAAUUUCUCUCUCCCCGUCAAUUCCCCUCCCUGUCAAUGUCUCCCCCCGUUAGUUUCUUUCCCCCCCCCACCUCCCUGUUAGUUUCUUUCUCCCCCCUCCCCUGUCAGUUUCUUUCUUCCCCCCUCCCCUCCCUGUUUCUUUCUUCCCCCUCCCUGUUUCUUUCUUCCCCCUCCCUUCCCUGUUUCCUUCUCCCCCCUCCCUCCUGUUUCCUUCUCCUCCCCCUCCUCCCUCUUUCUUCCCCCCCCUCCCUCCCUCUUCCUUCUCCCCCCUCCCUGUGUUUCCUUCUCCCCCCCUCCCUCCUCUUUUCCCCCCCCUCCCUCCCGUUUCCUUCUCCCCCCCCCCUCCACUCCUUCCCUGUUUCCUUCUCCCCCUCCCUCCCUGUUUCCUUCUCCCCCCUCACUCCCCUCUUUCUUCCCCACUCCCACUCCCUCCCUCUUUCUUCCCCCUCCCUCCUGACAUGCUCCCCUCCCUCCCCUGUUUCUUUCUUCUCCCCCUCCCUCCCUCUCUUUUUUCUUCUCCCCCUCCCUCCCUCUCUUUUUUUUUUCUUCUCCCCCCUCCCUCCCCUACCUGUGUGGUAGUGUGGCCGAGCCCAGUAUAGUCCGACCGGUACAGGGAGCUGUUGUUUCCUGUACCCGGCCGGACUAACAGGAAGUGAGCACUCAGUGUGCACUUCCUGUUAGUCCGGCCGGGUACAGGAGACAGCUGCUCCCUGUACCGGUGUUCUAUCAGUUUGGUAUACCCCGUCAGAUUGCUAUACCCACGUCACUUCCGGGGAGGGGAAUCAGCUGUCUCCUGUGCUGCACAUGCGUGCUAGCACUCCUGCUACUCCUCCACAGCAAGGUCCUGGAAGGUAAGUAAAACUAGUUUUACACUUUCAUUAUAGAUAGUGCAUUCACUAAGCUUAGGACAUGGGACAUUUAGGGUUAAUGUUAGGGUUCAAAUUAGGGUUAGGAUUAGGGACUUGUUCCUAUUUAGUGAUAUUUCACAUUAGGGGAAUAUCACUAAAUAGUGAUUUCUCACACUUUAUUUUAACCAUUACCCCAAGGGUUAGGGUAAGAAUAGAGUGUGAGAGAGGUUAGAAUCACUUACCUAACCCUAAUUUGUACCCUCACUUAACCCUAAAUGUCCCGUGUGCCUAAGCUUAGUGAAUGCACUAACUAUAAUGAAAGUGUAAAACUAGUUUUACUUACCUUCCAGGACCUUGCUGUGGAGGAGUAGCGGGAGUGCUAGCACGCAUGUGCAGCACAGGAGACAGCUGAUUCCCCUCCCCGGAAGUGACGUGGGUAUAGCAAUCUGACGGGGUAUACCAAACUGAUAGAACACCGGUCGGACCAUGCCAUAGAGGGCUCGGCCACACUACAGAGAGGGAGCUGACAGGUGGGAGCGCUCAGCGUGUCCCUCCUGUCAGCCUCUCCUCAGGCUGCGCCCGGGCGGUGCGGUCCGCCCUCAUGGACGCACCGCCCGGGCAAAGCUGCAGCCGCCUGAGGCUCAAUACAGAGCGCUCGGGCGGCUGCAGCAUGAGCGGGGCCGGCGCUCCUGGCGGCGCCCCCUCCCAAGGGGCGCCCUAGGCGGCUGCCUAGUCCGCCUUACAGGUAGCGCCGGCCCUGGCCCCCAUACUUCCAGACUAAAGGCAGAAUUCCAUUGAUUUCUGCUACCUUGACACUUUUCAGUUGCUUAAUAGCUUUAACAGUCUUUUCAAGAGUGGAAAUCUUGGUUCAAUUAUGUUUUAAUAUUUGGCUGUUGCGGGAUGCAAUGAAGUGCACAAAUUUGGUUGGUGCUGAAGAGAGACUGUUAAUGUUCUGACUACUUGUUCAGGAUGGAUGCCUUGUCUGUAACUAGCGUUUGACCGUCAGUACUCUGCAGUACUCUGCAAGGAACUUUGUAUCCUGCUGUGAAGGGCCAUACACUGCCUUCUGGGCUCCAUAAAACCUUCUGUGCCUUUUGUUUGUUCAACUGCAUUGGAAGAUGCCUGUUUACCGUGACUAGACAAUUGGGGGCGAAAUAUAAAUGAGCUUUGGUUAGACCUCCUUUUCUAAGCCCCUCUCCGAGUGGAACAAGCAGGGGGGGGUUAUACUUUUUUUUUUUUUUUUUUAAAGCAUCAACAUGUUCCAGCACAUGGGUACAGCUGGUACAAGUAAAAAGACAAAAGAUACAAUACAUCUAAAAGACAAAACAAAUUUCACUAACAGAUACAAAAGGAGUUUAGGGUUAUGAAGAUGAACUUAUGGAGUUAAUAUACGGUUCAGUUUUCAGAAUUCCGAGGAAUGUAACCUUUUUACUUUUUAAGGCCUAACUGAGAGGACAGAAACAACUUAAUAAACUAUACCAACAAUAUGGAGCCCACAAGUAAAAUAAACUGAAUCCUUUUCCCCUGCACUGGCCCUAGAGACAGAAAUCUUUUAUCUUUUGAGAACUGCAUUCUCAGCGUCUUCCUAGUUUUUAAAUUGCAUUUGAGAAGUUUGUCUUCAGUGUAUAGGAAUACAAUGAUUUUAGACUUUACAAUAAGUCUCAUGUUCCUUUUCCCCUCCACUCCUUCCAAAGUAUCCUUUUCCCCUCCACUCCUUCCAAAGUAUCCUUUUUCCCUCCACUCCUUCCAAAGUAUCCUUUUUCCCUCCACUCCUUCCAAAGUAUCCUUUUCCCCUCCACUCCUUCCAAAGUAUCCUUUUCCCCUCCACUCCUUCCAAAGUAUCAUUUUCUACUACCAUCCUUCCAAGUCCUAUUCCCCUCCUCUCUCUCCAAAGUAAAUUAUUUCCUGCCUCACCCUCCCAUGGCUUUUUUUCCCCCCAGCUUCUUACAACAUAUUCUAUUAUAUUCAUUUGUAUUGCUUCACAAUAAUCUUCUAAAGUAUGUUUUAUUUUAUUUUUUUCUCCCUUAGUGUCCGUGACAUCACGGCCAAAUUGCUACUGGGGACGGAACUGUAGAACUCAGGUCAAAGCCCACCAUGCCAUGUAAGUCCUGUAUUCCUAAAUCAUAGCCACAGAGAGAGUAAAUGCAGCAAACUCAAACAAUAACAAUAAAUCGGUAUAUAGUAAUCUAUUCACUCCAGAUUUGUAUUCUCCUGAGUUUUGUAAAAUGAGUUGAGUUCAAAGAAAAUGUGUAUGUUGUGAUGAUAGUAGCGUUGGAGAAUUUUUCAAGUAAAAGCAUUUCCUACAAAUUUUUUGCAAUUUGAUUUUCACUUAAACAGAAAUCACUGGUUCAAAGCAAAAAGUUAAUGUUUAAAGAAUAUCCCAGUACUUCAGCAACAUCUGGGAGCCAGAGUUUGAGAACUCUGCUCUAAAUACUAGAGUAAAAUAUUUAAAUAUGAGCAACAACAUUUUUCUUUUUUAAAUCUCUUCUCCUCUAAGGCUCUGUUAGAGGAAUAUAGAGAAUCAUGAGACAUGUAGAUUCCUGCAUAUGAUGUCUACUUUGUACAAAAUUAUCUCUAAAGGGUGUUAUUUCUGUACCGAGUGUAUGUGUUGACUUUGUUUGAUAUUACUAUUUUUUUUUUCUUUCAGGAAAUUCAAUCAUAUCUGUGAGCAAACACGCUUUAAGAAUUGACUCUUUCCAUUGCUCACACCUUCCUGGGUAUUUGGUGCUUGGGAUCCAAACCAACUAUAUGGAACAUUCAAAAGUCACUAAAAGAAGUGAUAACCUGCUCCAUGCAGUGUAUGUGGCCUCUGAGUACUUUACAGCUUCCUGUCCAUAGGGUUAUCUGUCACAAUUCUUAUACUACACGUAUAAACCUGUGGCCUACAUGACAUGUGGAGCAUAUGCUUAUAAUUGGGAUGUGUUUAUGGGAUAUUUGUAUGUUACACAGAUGAGGGGCAAUAAUGAUUCAUACUACCUUUUUUUGCAGUUUUCCUAAGCAAUGCUAGUUGUAUCUGGUAUAAUUUGAGGUUUAUAAUGAUGAGGGGGAACCUGUAUAUACUGUUGAAUAUGACAUUUUGUUCUUUCUUUAUUAACAGUUGUGUUGGUUAUUUAAAAAACAAACAAAAAAACUCUGGAAACAUUUGUCUGCACUCCAAAUUCCUGUGAUCUAGCACGCCUUCUGUUCAGGGCAAUUUACAUCCCUUCAAGUAGCAGAGGCAGCGGCGGCCUGUGCAUAUUGAUUUGAAAUCUUUGUAGUAAACAGUAAAAUCGGGAAGCGAUUAACAUUUGUAUGCGGAUCUAAUUGAAUCCUGGCAUAUCCUGCACAUCGUAUUUUCUCCUAGGAAUAUUUCUAUGCUUGGAAGGCAUUGACUGUUUUUUUUUUUUGUUUUUUUUUUGUCUGUUCUUCUCUCCUCCGGUUGUUUCCAAAACACAUCCUGGUGGCCAAAGGAAUAACAGUGAAGUGUGUUGCAAGACAAAAAAAAAAAAAGGCAGAGUAAAUGUUUUAUACUCCUGCUACCUUACCUGAAUUCUCUAUAAACAAAUAAACACAUUCUUCACCAAAACUAUUCCUGAUGGUUGGUCCUGUUUUGUUUGUUUAGAGCAAGCUUGUGUCACAUGUUUUACAGUGUACUAAAAGUGUAAUUUGCCAGUGUUCAUUUAGCAUUUACAACUACAAACGUAUGUAAAGAGAAAUGGACACUACUGUCAAUGAUGUGCUACACAAAUGCUUAUUUAAACAAAAAAACAAAGCAUGCACAUAGGCCUGUGAACACGAACACAUCACAACAGGAAAUAUACAGAAGUCUGAAUUGUAAAAUAGCUCAGGACAGCCACUUUUUAGCUGGGGGGGAGGGGGCUUGAUGGUAAAAUUCAAGUGUCCGAUCUUGCCUUAUAUUUUGCAAUUUGUAUUUAUUUUGGGGAUGAUGGGGCACACGAAGUUAACACUUUACCUAUUGUUCUUAGGAAUCUUGAUAAACCAGUGAUUAAAAAUGUGAAGCAGUCAUAUAUUACUACAGGGUCAGAUUAGAUUGGUAAUCAUUCCGUUCUGUUAACCAUUGUAUUCUCAUGCUGUUCUAGUUUGACAAAUAGGCGUUAACAGAAGUGUAGAAACAGCUGUCAGCUCCAAUGUUACAGUGUAUUAUUAUUCUUCCAUUCUUUUGUACCUGUAAUGAAAAUGUGGCGUGUGGCAAAAAUCGGAUAUUUCUUUUGUAUGAUGACCUGGCAGUAUAUGUAUCCAAACAAUGGGCAUCCAAAAUUCAGAUUUCAUUUUAUUUACAUGCAUUUAGAUUCAAGAUUUUUUUUUUUUAAAUAAAAAUAUAUAAUUUCAUAUAGUUGUAGCUCAUUUACACUUCUCCAUUAGUGCAUGAUGAAGUGAAUCUGUUAAAUCUGGUUUGGAGCAACAAGAUGUGCAUUGUACAGAAAAACCUAUUUUUUAUUUUAUUUUUUAUAAUGCAUAUAUUUCAUUUAAUGCAGCUUUCUUCCUUUUUCUACACUCCAUAUGGGCAAGGUAAGAGACAACACAGGUCUUCAUAAUUAGUUUAGUCUAGAGAGUAAAAAUUAAUAUAUAAAUGUCCAUUAUCCUGGACAACUGGUUAAUAUUAAUGGGAUGCACAAGGCACUAAAUCAAUUUCUCUUAAUAAAGAGAUUUUGGGGCAUAGGUGCAGCUUUUAUAGCCUUGCAAAUGACAACAGUGCUGUUGCUGAGAAAAGGCACUGUUUACAUUUUGCAGUUUUUAUGCCUACUAGUUUCUGUUGAACAGUCUAAUAUAAAUAGAUUAAAGGAUCACUAUAGGGUCAGGAACACAAACAUGUAUUCCUGAUCCUAUAAUGUAAACCCCUCAUUUCGGUGGCUUGCCCUCUCAGAACGCGUUAAAAAUCCUUAUUUCCAGCUCUCAACGGGUCUGCUGGCACCAGCGCCGCCCCCUUGGUGACCUCAACAUUGCCGAUUUUUCGCCCAUCCAAUGCAUAUUGGCGAGGGGGAGGGGCCAAACACUGUUUUUGCCAAUCAGCACCUCCUCGUAGAGAUGCAUUGAAUUAAUGCAUCUCUGAGGAAAAUUCAGCAACCCGAUGCAGAGCGUGGGAGCACCGAACGGCAGGGCGCCCCUCCAGUGGCCAUCUGAAGGUGUCCUUAGGGGCUAUGUAAACACUGCCUCUUUGCAUAAAAAUGCCUGAAGGGAGCUAUUAUACUCACCAGAACAACUACAUUAAGCUGAAGUUGUUCUGGUCACUAUAGUGUCCCUUUAAAUUAUUCAGUCUAUUUUAGUCUGUGGGAUGCUGUGUGCAUCCAAUGUCUCUGUGAAGAAUUGAGCUAUUACUGUCCUCAAAGCUUCUUAAAGGGACACUGUAGGCACCCAGACCACUCAUUGCAGUGAUCUGGGUGCUGUGUCCCUGUUGCACUUAGUGCUGCAAUGUAAAACAUUGCAGCUACCAGACAGCCACUAGGGGCGCUUCCGGAAUCAAAAUGGACCUUUGGUCCGUUAUCAGACGCUGGACGUCCUAUGCAUGAAGGACCUACAGCAUCAGAUUUUCUUCAUAGGAAGUAUUGACUAAUGCUAAUGUGAGCACGGCCAAUAGGCACACGUGCGCAUUAGGUCUUCCCCGCCGGCCGAUGUCUGCAGGGGAUGAGCGUGGGCAAAGCCUGACCCAGCGCCGACGCUGGAUUCAGGUGAGUGGCUUAAGGGAGGGUGCGAGGGACAGGGGCACCUUUUAAACCUAUAGUGUCAGGGAAAAUGCUUCGUUUUCCUGGCACUAUAGGAUCCCUUUAAUGUAAAGCAUCCUUUGGAGAAAAGUCAUUAGGAGAAAGAAAGAGCAGGCUACAGCAAAAAAUAGCUCCUGCUGUUGGAUUAAAGGUAGGUUUAUAUUUAGGCCAGUAAUCUAAACAUAAGAGAAAUUUACAUAAAAAUGUAAUUCUUUAAAACCCUGACAUUGGGGCCUGCAAGGCACUUACAAUAGACUUGUUAUAUACAGUCUGAUUUAUAUUUUUU